GGCUUGGCUGGAAGAGACGGCGGGAGAGCAGCAGAGCGCGCGCCGGGGAAGGAGGAGCCGGGCCGGGCGGAGCUGCCGCGCUGCAGUACACGAGGAGCCGGAACACGCACCGCUUCCUCCUCCUUCCCAGCUCCCACCGGCGGAUCCUCUGCCCCGCCGCAGCCGCCCGGCCUGCCCGCCGGCUUCCCCACGCCAGAGGUUCCUCCUCGCCCUCCGGCUGCGGCUGAGCUCCCUCUCGCGCUCCCGGCUGCCUCCUGGUCCGGGUCCCUGCUUGCAGCUGCCGCCGCCGCCGCCCUCUUCCUUCUCCUGCCUCUCGCCUGGGCAUCUGGUCCCGUUUUCCCCUCGGGCGGGGGGCUCUUGCUGUCGGCCGCUGCCUGCUCCUUCCUCGCUUCCCGGAGCCGCCCUCUCAGACCUUGCCUCUCUUUUCUAGAGGGCACCCCAGGCGCAGGAGCAAGAUUUUUGGGACUCUUCCCCCGCCCCGAAAAGCCGCAGGCUCUUUCUCUCUCCCACCCCACCCUCGUCCAUCCCUAACAGGAGAAGAACGCAGCCGAAAGAAAGCGCCCCCUGACCUUAUAUUAUGAGAGCUUUAUCACACCAGUCUCCGUUUAGGUUUUCCGUCUGGACACGGGAUCCUUCGGUGGCCUCGUUUUAUUUCUCGGGCUCCCUCUUCCUCCUCCAAUGAAGCAUCUCCCUGGAAGCUGUGUCCUCUGACAUUUCCCCCCUUCCUUCAAAGAAGCCACGGCGGCCGCCUGCUAAGGCCAGCAGCUCCUCCUGGGUGCGUUUCAUUUUAUCUUUUUCGUUUGGAGUGGGAGAGAUCCGGAGGCCCAAUGGGGGCGAGGUUCCUGGGGGCUCCUUGCUCUUGCCGGGCUUUGCCCUUCCUGUUCUGCGCAGCGGCCCUCCUGGGGCUGCUGCCGGGCAGCACCGGCAGCGUGAACCCCGGGGUCACUCAGCAAGUUUACUCCCCGGAGCUGAAAGCGGCGGUCGAGAGCAUCACCACCGCUCCGCCGGUGCCCCUAGACAGCCAUCCUGAGUCCAAGCACCCCAAGAACACUUCGGCUCCCGGAAAACACACGCACCAGAAGGCGUUUCCUGUCCUGGGCAUCGACUACAAGCAUGUAAGGAUCCCCUUCGAGAUUGCGCUAUGGAUCCUGCUCGCCUGCCUCAUGAAACUGGGUAUGUAAUGUGUCUUGUUGGUUGGUGUGUGUUUGUGUAUGAUGAUGGGUCUGCAUUUUGUAAUUUUUGCAGAACCAGUACUGCCAGGUGCAGUGGUGGACCUACAUUUUGGAGGCCUUGAAGCUUCAACUGUUAUGAGGCCCCCAGCGACAGGGUCUGGGCAACCACUGUUUACUUUCUUUAGUGUGGUUGUUUACAACAUCUGUUCUGCUGACUCUCAAACUUUGGGAUUGUUGAAAUAUAUACAACAACAAAUUAAUCAAUUCGAGUCAUGCUUUUAAAGCAGUGUGGACUAAAGCUGUUUCUGGGAUCCCUGUGGGAAUCGGGGGCCCUGGAGCUUAAGCUUCAUUAGUUUCAUAGUAGAUCUGCCCCUGGCCAGGUGAUUUUAGAUUUUCAAUUUAAGAUCUUACUGGGUGGGUGGGUGUGGACUUCUCUUCCUAGGUGGUAAUGUGUCUUGCUUCAUUCACUGCAGAAGGUCAGUCUCGCUGGGCUUGGGGACCCACCUGCUCAUUCUUCUGAGUGGGACCCAUGACUUCUUCCCCCAAGGCUUGCCCUGAUGGGUACCACUGAUCUGAAGCAUUGCAGGGCUGCAUUUCCCUGAAAUUGCUACUCCCUUCAUACUGUUGAGGCCGUCCUGAGACACUUAUGUGACUUAACCAGAGGCCUGGCAGAAUGCUUAGUUUGUGGAGUGGUGUACUUCUCUUAUGAUGCUCUUUGUGUACAUGACACAUGAUCACAUGUGGUGCUUGCUUAGGUGCAAAGCGUCUGAUACUCUGCAGGGUCACGUCUGCAUACUAAACAAGGGAAGUUCCCAUGUUCUCCUUCAGGAUAGAACUCCCUUGUGGUAUGUGCUAUGUAUUAUCUGGCCCAUUGUGAUCACAUGCAAUAUAAGCAGUGUUAGAAACUCAGAUAUAUAAGCUGGGCGCCAAAUGGCUCCUUAAACCGGGGUUACAAUUGCCAAAACGGAAUGUCUUGUUGCCAUUUUGGGGCCAGACAGCUCGAAUGUCAUAUUUUUCAAUUUGACGUUUUGGUUCCUGAAAUUUGUUCUGACUGUGCAGAUAAAAUAUCACAGAAUUCUACAGGAUGUGUUUUUAAAUUCACCUCCAGAUGGUGGAGAUGUCAGGUGCCUGGGCAUAUUCACUUAGUCUCUAGUGCAAAAUGUACCUGGUACCUGGCAAAUUUCAAAUGCUGAUUAAAAAUGAACAGGUUCCUUGGUCCUGGGUUUUCAGGGAAAAGCCAUUCCAAAGGGUUUGAAUGGUUAACUUUACUGUGGAAGGUCUGUAGCUCAGUGUUGGAACCUUCUGCAUUCAAAGCUCUAAGAGAUCCCUGGCAUCUCCAGGUAGGGUUGGGCAGAACUCCCUGUCUGAAACACUGUGGAGCUGCUGCUGGUCAGUGUAGAUGUUUUUCGGCUAGAUGGACCAAUGAUCUUAUUUCGCAUAAGGUAGCUUUCUUGUAUUCCUAUGUUGCAUUGAAGACAGUAACAAUGAUUGUGUUCAUGGUAGAUCCAAGUCCUUGAAGACAAUCUGUGGACAAAGGUGAAGUUGCUCAAAUAUUGGAAGUGGGUUUGUAGGCCAUCUGGUCCACCCCCUCUGCUUAAUGCUCGAUAGUGCUCUUGGAAACUCCAGGCGAAAGAGAUCAUACACAAAGACAGCUUUCUGUUACGCCUGCCUCCUUUUUUCUUCUGAAGCCAAGGCUGACCUUCCUAGAUUCACGGACUAACUUAGCAAGUAGUAUCCUAAGUGGAUGCAGCAAAGGAUUUUUUCCACAAUUGUGCAGCCCUGCUCCCAUUUAUAGAAGCAGUAGGGAGUAUUUUUCUGCCUGAGGGCUACAUUCUCUUCUGGGCAACUUUCUGGGGGCCUCAUGCCAGUGACCAUAAGGGCCAAACAGAGAGGUCUGGAUCUUUGCAUUUUGCCCCCUGGCCCAAGCCUCCCCAUCCCGCAUGUGUGGCCCAAUUUACAUGUAACACUUUGCUGCAGUUAAUAGCUUUUCAGGGUCGAGAGGUUUGCUAGUGCACGCUGCCUGAUCGCUCCUGCUUAGCUCGUUCCCUGGCAUAAGCAGCAAGCCUCAAAGCCUCGUCUCAUUAUAUGCAAACCAGGAUCACGGUUUGUGUCUCCUGGCUGAACCGAUCAGCAGGCCAAGGACAAAUUAUUGUGGUUUGUUCCCAGGUUCAGACCUAAUGAGAAGCUAACACUUCAUGGCUUGUUGCUCAUGCUCACGCCUUGGGAGGAGUGAAGUGGGAGUGAUCAUGCUGCUUGAUCCUAAUAAGCCAUUAACUAUGACUUAUCUCUGCAUGUGAAAGAGGCCUGUAUCACAGGCUCUAAAGCUGCCUUCUGAAUAGAGGUCACACCGGCUCUCCUCCAAGCUGGGAUGACUUCUAUGCUCCAUCCCAGACUGUAGCAGAGAUUACCUCUGUUUCACUGAGGAAGUGAUAGGAAAAGGGAUGGAGAGAGAUGUGCUUGCUUUCAUGAUCUGUUCCUUUGUGCUAUUACCUGCCCCUUGUUAAUGUUAAAAACUUGCAUGAAGAACUAGGGUCAUGGAGUUGCAUGUUUGCCUCUUGGGAAAUUGGGUACCAGUGGCAGGACUGGCUGUCUUAACAUAGCCUGGGAUCUCAUACAUCCGAAUGCCUUGAUUUAGGUUAGGCUGUUCGAUGAUGUAAGUACUGAAAAGGAGACAGGUGCUUUUGGCUGAGAGGUAUGCAGCGCACAAAGUACCUGCAAGGGAAAAGUUGAGUAGUGAUGAUUGUGUUGCUUCCCCUGACCUAGCACAUGAGAAGAGCCCUGCUGGAUCAGGCCAGAGGCUCAUCUGGUCCAGAUCCUGUUCUCACCCUGACCAGCUAGAUGCAAAGCAGUGCUGAUCAUAACAAGUGCCCUUUCCUUUAUGUAAAGAAGCCAAGCUUUACGCCAGCAGACAAGACAGUGCAAACCCUGCAACAAGAGAAGAGGGAGGACUUGGUCCAGACACUCUUAGGCCCCAGAGAUGUGGCAAGGAUCAAACCAACUUAGGAGAAGGGCUGCAAGGUUCCUUAAAUGCAGCUCAGGGACAAGGCCUGAGUUCCAGGAUCAGGACCUGCAAAUGGAGACUGCAUAGGGAAGCUGUCUACAAUUGGCUUUGCCUACCCAUCAGUUUUAAACAGAAGCAGGGUAAGUCCAGCUAACUUGUGCACAUUGCCUGCCCCACUGUGAACUCCUGGCCUGACGUGGGGAGCUCCUGUCUCUUGGAAGGACCUGGGUCUGCUCCUGUCCCUUCCUCUUUCCUCCUCCCCUGAGAGCUCAAUCUGUGAUGUGCAGCUCUCCCCCCACUCAUCUGGUGGAGAAGUGUCCUCUCCGGCAUUGGAUGGCCCUGUCUUCUCAUCUUGAGCCAAGGAAGGAGGAGCCCUGUGUGGCUUUCAGAGGGAGAGUCUCAAAGUUGGGGGCUUCAGCAGGAGGGCUCUGAUCCAUAGCCUCUUCUUCCUUCCUCCUCCUGCCCCUCCCCUGUACGGGCCAGGACAUCUCCCUACUUGUGCUCCCCAACAAGUAGGUGGCUUCCUUUGGUAUGCUGUUUCCUGCACAUGACUUAUGGAACAUUUCCCCUGCAGUUGUUUCAUUAAUGCAUGUUGUCAAGCGUCUCACUGACUUGGCAGAUAAUGCACAAGGAAACGGAGAUGGGGGGGUGUAUAUGCAGAAGCUUGUGGAGGACGGAAGGACGAGGUGGGAAUGCUGGUCAAACAAGUACCCAUGUGCAAGCCUAUGUGGAUGUGGCCGGCUACUUCCUGUGUUUUGUGGAUGGUGUAAUACUCAAGUUCUAAAUGACUGGACUUUAUGUGUACAGGAAGCAAAGACAGUGCAAGGAGAAAGCUGCCAGAAAGUCUGAAUCUGCAUAAAGAUACAUAUGCUAGAUGAGGAACGAGGAACCUGCUGACCUCCAGAUGUUGCUGGACUUCAAUUCCCAUCAGCCUCAGACAGCAUGCUCCAGGAUGAUGGGAGUUUUUGUCUUGCAACAUCUGGAAACCAUCAGGUUUCCCAUCUUUGCUGUUUAAGAAUUGUUUGUUACUUUUGAACUAUUUGCUACACUUUCAUACACUAUUUUAAUGGAAAUAGGUUCUAUUUAAGAAUCUGUCUUCACUCUUCAGUCAUAAAAUUAUUAUUAUUAUUAUAUUUUAAAUUUCUAUACCACUCUUCAUCCGAGGAUCACAGGACGGUUUAGAAUAUAUAAACACAAAAAUACAUAACAUAGUAACAAACAAAACAAUUUCCCCUUACACAUUUUAAAAGGCCAUAGAUUGUUUAAUUAGUCAAAGGUCUGGGAGAAGAAGGAUGUUUCUUCCUGGUGCUUAAACGCAAGUAUUCCAUAGAAAUUCAUAUUAAAUUGGAAUGCCACAAAUGUGAAAAAUGUGUCAGCAGAAGUUACAUCAUUGGGUGGAAAUCCCAGCCUCAUUUCCUAGAAGUCUUGAACGCUCCCUUCUCACUGCAAUAUGAUAUGUUGUUAUGCAGCUUAGAGUCCUGUAAUAUAAUGAAUGCACAAAUCUCAAGGCAUAAGAGAGGGCAGAUGUUUUUGGACUCCAACUCCCAACCGCUUUAGCCAGGGUGGCCAGUGGUUGGGGGUCAUGGGAGUUGUAGUUCAGAAGCAUCUGGGGGGCCACAGGCUCCUUUAAAUAGCUCGGGAUCACAGUACCUCAAGGACUAGCUCUUCUUUUUAUGAACUGAUCUGGACCUUGCAAUUGUUACCUGAGGCCCUUCUUCGUGUGCCUCCUCUGCGAGAGGUCCGGAGGGUGGCAACAUGAGAACGGGCCUUUUCCGUGGUGGCUCCCAGUUUGUGAAAAGCUGUCCCAAGGGAAGCUCACCUGGCACCUUCAUUACAUAUCUUUAGAUGUCAGGCAAAACCUUUUCUUUUUCACCAGACUUUGGGCUGAUUAACAUUCUAUGUUCUUUUAAAUGUGUUUGUGGGAGGGCAGUUAUUGGUUUGUUUUUGUUUUGUAUUUUGUGUUCUCAUCUUGUAUUGUUAUGUUGUGAACUGCCCUGUGACUUUUGGAUGAAGGGCAGCAUACAAAUUUAAUUAAUGAUAAUGUUAAUACUACUGAUAACUGACAGUUUUCAUCUUUAUUUGCAAGCAGUUAAAAGCUAAAAGCGCCCUCCUCUACUAAACAGCUAGCUUUGCAGAAACCCAUCCUGCGUGCAUGUUUCUACAGAGGGAUUACAGAUCAGUAUGACAAAUGAGGAUCCUUACUAAGGGAGACAGCAGAGUAUGCCUUCAGCAGGCCAGUGGCUUCAGGGCCGAUGGGAAUUUAUUUAUUUAUUACACUGAUAUUUUGCCCUUCCUGCCAAAGGAGACCAGGACCACCCAAUAGUUGUAGUGUAGAACAUGUGCAGAGCACUAGGUAGGGCAGGGCUGGCAGAGUACAUCUAGCCAGAAGACCAGUUCCUGCCCUCCCAGCCCCCACAGGACAUCAUCUUUCUUUUGCAAUAGUAUAUUGUCCCCAGAAUGUGUGUUUUUUUUCUUCAUCCAGAGGCUUUUCCAUGACUUUGGAAGCAUCACCUCUGACUUCAUGCAACCUUCUCUAAUUCAUAGAGUUGUUUUGAUUCACGGUAUCUCAUCCAUUGCCUUCCCUACCCUCUUUUCCUUACAUGCAUGUUUCAGACAGUGAACCUUCAGGCAAGUCUCUGUUCCUUUCUGUUACUCUAUGUUUCAUAUCAGCCUUCCCCAAGCUGGUGCCCUCCAGGUGCUGUUGGACUCUCUCAACUCACAUCGGGCCCCAGCCAGCUCGGUCAGUAGUCAGGGCUGAUGAGAAUUGUACUCCUUAACAUUUUCUAGAGGGCACCAGGUUGGGGAAGGCUGUUUUAUACUGUAGGUGCUGAAAAAGAAUAAAACAGCUGCCUUAAAUUUUACAAAAAGUGCUUAAAGGGCCAUACUUACUCAUUUCAUUUAUAUCUGGCUGUUCCUCUAAGGAGAUCAAUGCUAUGUACAUGGGUCUUUCUCCCCUUUCCAUUUCAUCCCCACAGCAACCCUGAGAGGUAGGUCAGUCUCCCUCAAGAAACUUCGUUCAGUGAGAGCUCCAUGACUGACCAGGGGUCUGAACUUGGUUCUCUCCAAUUAGCCUGACAUGCUUUCCACUGUACCAUAGUGGCUCUACGUGGCAGGUGCAGAACGUGGUCAGAAAUGUCUUAUAAUACGUUGCCUUUGUUCAUAUUGAUGCAACUUAAGAUACUUUAGGAGGGCACAUCUGUACCUGACACCAGGCCUCUUUCCUUGGGGGAGUCCCUGAGCUGUUGAAGCCUCCCCUAGAGCAAGGAUGGGGAAUCUGUGGCCUUCUUAAUUUUGGUUGAAAAAGUGCAAAGUUUGAAUUCUCCCAUCAGUGUAUUAGUCUGGGUGGUUGGUGCAUUUUAAAAUAUGGACUGGACCAAGUUCUUCUCCUUCCCUAAUGCAGACACCUCUCUAAUAGUUGCUUCUGUUCCAGCCAGUUUCCAGACAUCUAAUGUAAGGUCAGACCAACAUGGGCAGGAUAAUUACCCGGGAGUGUUUUGCAACCUUAGCCCAUAACUCUGAAUUGCAAUGUUGAGCCUAACAAUUUAGUUCUGAAAUCUGUGUGUCUCCCAGAUAAGUGUGGCUUGCUUAAAUUGGUUGCUGGACUGAUGCGCCUCCACUUUUAAUGAUGUGGGAGAAGAAAGGGGGCUUGAGCUACAUUUUCCAGCACAUCCACCUCUUUGUCUGAUGAUCUGGGUGUUUAAUUGGCACCACUCCUACAUCUCAUUGUAGUACCGAGACAGACAAUUGCAGAUGAGAUGGAAAUAACAGGAUACUUGUCUGCCUCUGUGGUUCUGUCUUGUGCUGCUUGCCAUGCACUUUUAUCUGAUUGUCUGCACCACCUGUUGCUCUUAUAGGGGGCUCGUGUGUUAAUGUCCCAAGCAAACUUGUUUGCUUACAUGAUGGGGCAUUGGUAAGGCAAGAAUUAUGCUCACUAAGCUUUCUUCUUUUUAAAAGCAUGCUGCUAUCCCAAAUCCUGAGGGUGUGUAAUGAUGCUUAAAAUGAAAACCUGACGGUAUGUGGGCAUGCUUUAGAAAGGAUGGUGGGGGUAGCCAACACACUGUCCCUGGAUGUUAUUGGGCUACAACCCCCAUCAGCCUCAGCCACCCUAAACAAAAUGCUCAGGGCUGUUGGGAGUUGUAGGCUGCCCCUGAAGUAUUACAGCACUCUGUGUCCAAACUAGAUGUGUUGUUCCAAAAUGCAUUCAUUCCAAUUGCUUUGCUCUGUAGUGACCUAAAUGGUCUUCCAGGCUGCAGCCUCCUGCCAAAAGUGUUAUAAUAAAGGGGUACAGUCUGUUCUGCAUGAGGACUUUUUUUUGUUACCCUUCGUUCCUAUUUAACACUCUGAUUAUGUAUUAUCCCCAGGUGAAAAAUGGAUGUAUCGUUAAAUCAUGGAAAAGUUUGUACCUCUUUAUUGGGGGAAAGUAAUACACCGUCCCUGUUUCCAGCCAUCGCUUGGCCCCUAAUUAAUUUAUUUGGCUGACUGUCCCCUCUUUAACACUAAAAUUGCACCUGUGUUGCCAUUAAUGUAGAGAACUAUUAACUAUAUGUUCUAAAACCAGUUACCUAGUGAUCCUGGAACCUGGCUACAUCCUGAUCCAGACUAAAACUCCUCCCCUCUUCUUUUCAGUCUGCUCUCUGGCAACAUUUGUGCAAAUUCUGCAUUAUCUGAAUAUGGAGAAGUCUUUUUUAUUUCAAACAUAAAAAAUUGAAUGGAAAACCCCAUUAGAAAUACAUGCUAAAUACAUGCCAAUUUGGUGCCUGCAGAUGUUGGUGCAACAGGGUCAAAGGGGCACAGCCCCACCAAGCUCCUUGGGGCGCAGCCCCACCUUCCUGCCAUCUUACUUAAAACCAGUUAGCUUCCUCUUCCUUAGCCUCAGUGUUGCCCUUGUAGAACUCUGCAGGGAAGAGGAUCAGAACAAAAUUAUAAUUGGUUCUGAUUCUGUCUGUCAUUGGCUUUGACCCCACCUGCUGUUAGUCUCCCUGCCUUCCAUCCUACCAGCCUCAAUGGGCACCAGCAGCCACUGCCUGGUGCCCUCCCAUAUGUUUUGGACUACAAAUCCCAUCACCCCUAGCACAACCUGUGACAUCUGGCACACUACAAGUUCUUCAUCCCUGGUUGUGGGUUCCAGCUAAAAUUGUGGUUGAUCUUUAGUGAGCUAGGCCAAGCAUCCUUCUCCUGGAGACAGAUUUAAUUAUCACCGGGUUCUGGAUCUGUGAUGACAGUCGCAAGGCGCAAGCCAUCUGUUCCUUGACAUUUUGUCAAGAGUCCAAGUAUCAGGCGCAAAGGAACUUGGGUGAUGAAUGUUCAUGACUGGUGUUGGACCUUCUGUCAAGCGUCUUUAUAUUCUUCUGGCUGAGUGGGAUACCCCCACCAUCACCUUGUCAAAAUAUUUUGUUCCCUUUUAGUUGUGCUUUGCCUGUUCCCUAUGUAAACCCUGGAUCGUGCCCCAGAGAUCUUUAGCAUUGCAGAAGGAUUCCUGAGGAAAAAAUCCAGUGUGGAAAUAAUUCUUUGGAGAUGGCAAGCUGGAGAAGCGUGACUUUUUAAGGCUGGGGUAGCAACCCAUUUCCAACCUGAGGGCCGCUUUUUCUUCUAGGGGCUACAUGCCAGUGCUGUGGGUGCAGCAAUAAGUCAAAGGGGGCAGAGCAAUGAAUGUAAAUGUAUGGAGAAUGUAGUUUGUUGAUGGUGCUGAGUACUUUCCCCCUCACAGACCUGCAGUUCCCAGAGCAGUUUAGCAGUCAAUCCACCUUCGCAGGGAACUCUGGAAAUUGUAGAUCUGUGAAACAAACAGCUGUCUCCAAACAGCUCUCAGCACCCUUAACAGACUACAAUUCCCGUAAUUCUUUGCAGGGGGAAGCCAUGACUGUUUAAAGUGGUAUGACACUGCUCUAAAGAUAUACUGGAGGUGGAGGCCUUGGCCUCGCACUCCCAUCCCCAAGCUUUGAAGUGAAGCUAGACUUUGGCUGCCAGGAUCCUUCAAACCCAAAUUCCUAGUCAAUAGACUUUUUAAAAGGAAAUAAAGGCCCUGUCUACUAACAAAGAAGGAUACUUUAUACUUUUAGGCACUUAAGACCUGGCUUGUCUCGAAGGCCUUUGUCUGAGUGCGUUCCCCCCGCCCACCGUGCAUGUGUGUGUUGUGUUUAUGCGCAAUCUAUUAAAUGGCUGCUUUUGGUAUUUACCUGAGUUUCAUGGCUUGCUCUGCCGUGACUGCACCUUAGGGGCAUGGCCAUGCUGGCUGGGGCUGAUGGGAGUUGUAGUCCAAAACUUCUGGAAGGCCGCUGGCCGGCGAAGGCUGGCAUAGAUGCCCUUAACAUUUUAUUACUGUAAGCUGUGAGGUGUCUUUUAACAUAAUGCAGCCUCUGGGUACACUUUCUUCCACUCCUGACUUUCUCUUCCUCCACCCCCCUCUGCUAAGCUGUGUGUGAUGUAAGAUCAGCAGCUGAUGCAGCUCUUCUUCUUAGCUGGGACUGCUGUAAUGACUGAGUCAUUGCAGAAGGUGCCCCCCCCCCCCCCGCCGCCGGUUUUCUGUUUGCAACCCUUGGGUUUUGCAAUCUGUCUAGGUCAGGACUGGCUGAUUGGGUUGGUGUGCAGCCACCGGCUUCAUUGACCUGGCUCUUAAUUGCCACCUAACUCCAACCAGUGCUUUGGGGACAGGACGGGGGGAGAACGUACCUCUAUAAUUUAGGCAAGCAAGGUUGGCUGCCAAACGAUCUUGGCUUUAAGCCUUUUCGUAUUAAUUAUGAUGAUUGAAAAAGUGAACUGCUUGCAGAUUGUGUGCACUUGGACAGACUGUCUGACCGCUGUGUGAUGGGUUGAGCCAUGUGCUAUCAAGGAGCUUAUUAGAUAUACCUCACCCGCGACAAGCCUCACAUGGGUCCGUUUACACAAUGUGCUAUUUUUGUAAUGUGGGAUGGUUGCGUUGCAGAAAUGUCAUCUGCUCUCUUGGGCAGCUUCCUGCAAUGACAUCCUGGCUUUUCUACUGCAACGUUUGCUCUCUUGAGAUACACGCUCAACACAAUUGAACCCCAGAGUAACGUUCACCCUGGAAGUAAACCUUCAUCUUUUAACUCCCCAAAUACUCUUGGUCAUCUUACCUUUCUUAACCAAUGAACACCGCUGAUUUUUGUUUCCAGCCCUCUUAGUGUUCUUUGCUGCUGCUUCUCCUGAAUUUUCUUAACAACCAUAGCUCAGUAUAACAGAUAUUUCCACUAGGCAUGUAAAUUACCCCUCGCCUCUGGGGAGCUAGAAUUUCCUUCCAAGUGACCAAGGAGGGGGAGUUCCUAUAAUCUGGAAGAGUAGUUCAGCUUUUCAUUGCUUCCUCCCUCCCACUUUCAGACCUCAGGUGUAUAAAAAAUGGGUAGCGUAGGUGUGUGUUGGGAGGCAGGAUAGUGUAAAUGCAUGUGGGCUAGUAACACUUUUGUGUGUGGGAACUAAUAUGCAAAGGUAACCAGAUAAUGUCCUCCGCGGAUUGGAUCCAGUGGGUGCUCUGCUGCACAUGGAAUGGCUGUUUUGCACCUCACAGCAGAGCGUUGUGCAAGAAAAUGGAAGUAAAUUCAAAGAUGAGAAUCUGCCGGUACAACCUCUUGCACAGUUAAUGUUGUUAACUGCUAUUUUAUGAUGAUGAAAAUAAUGUAAAAAUCACUCAUAUGCACAACUUCAGGUCCUUCAGUUUUCCAGUUUUACACAAAGGAGAGUAAGCCUGCAACUUGCAUGCAUUUAACUUGUGCACAUUCAGCUUUGCUGAAAUAAAAAAGGGGCCAGAGUUCUUGUGAAAAUGACUUGGGCAAGGUCCACCUGCCAUUGAACCCAAUGUGUUUUGACCGUACAUGUUUCUAGCUUUAGGUGUGAUCCCUGGAACAAAACCGCUGUUUAAGUCAUGGGUUUACUGUACAGUGGUACCUCGGGUUAAGUACUUAAUUUGUUCUGGAGGUCCGUUCUUAACCUGAAACUGUUCUUAACCUGAAGCCCCACUUUAGCUAAAGGGGCCUCCCGCUGCCGCCGCGCCGCCAGAGCACAAUUUCUGUUCUUAUCCUGAAGCAAAGUUCUUAACCUGAAGCACUAUUUCUGGGUUAGUGGAGUCUGUAACCUGAAGCGUAUGUAGCCUGAAGCGUAUGUAACCCGAGGUACCACUGUAUAGCAAAGGCAUAGAGGAGUGGGACAGAGUGCAUUGGGUCACCUCAUAUAAUGGAAGGAUCCCUCCAUUUUUGUAGAUGCUUAAAAAUUGUUGUCAGUGGUUCUCCCCCCAGAGUCACAAGACUUUAAGUCCAAAGCACUGAGAGCUAAAUUUCUUAACAGUUAACCUCAGCAUACAACUGAUACACUCCUUUCCCAGCAAUUUUUAAACUAAAAUUUUCUUAUAUACCCUCUAAAAUCUCUGAAAUGAGGUUUGUUUGUUUGUUUGUUUUUAAUCUUGUGAACUGCCCUGAGAUCUUCGAAUGUAGGACGGAACACAAAUUUAAUAUAAAUAAAUAAAUAAUAAAGAUGUUGGACCCAAAAUAUGUUAGUUGCUCAGGCAAAACUAUGUAUUAAAUGGAGUUCUGUGCAAGUUCCCCCUGACUUAAAGAAAUAAAAAACCAAAAGCAACAACUCAAGACUUCAUUGGAAGCAGAGGAAAGGUGACUGGGGAAGGGAGUUUUAGUUGUGCCCUUGCAGAAUUUUCCUUUCAAAAUUGCCCCGACCUUAAGGUGGCUCCAGGUAUGUCCCUACUCUCAGGAGCAGAGGAAAGGAAUAGCUUUUGGGAGGUGAUUUUGAGAGGAAAAAUGACCAGGUGCUAAGUGCCCCCCUUCAACUCUCUCCCCCUGCUUCUGAUUUUACACCCAUAAGUAACUGCUUUCUGCUUUAAAAACAAAACACUGAACUUCCCAUGAGAUUUUUUUUUAAAAGCAAUAUUUAUCUGCCCAUAACAUGUAGUUUGGCUCUUAAUGCCCAGAUCAAGCAUUUCUGCAUUCCAUAUGAGCGUGAGAUGAAGGCUAACUUUCGGUUUAAGGAUGUACAGCACUGACAAAAUAGUAGGUUGUAUCCAGUGUCGUACUAAGUCCUUUGUUCUGACAGUGCAAGGCUUCAGGCUUUUCCAACAGGACUCCUCCCUCUUUCCCCUGUGCUCUCCCUAAAACUGUUCUGGGGUUCCCCCACCAGCCUUCCAGAGCAGAUGUGGAGAGGCCGUGUGCAAGGAAAGGAGCAGGGAGUUGCCUUGCGCAAUAUAAAUCCUUGCGCUGAUGGAACAUGUUAGUUGGGUGAUGCCCCAGUACUAUCAAAGUAACCAGAGGCACUCUUUCCUUGGCAUACACAUGCAAAAUAAACGAUAGCAUCAGAGUCUUGGGGGCAUGCAGCGAUUCCCACACUGCUCUGGGUGUUGGCGUUGUGUGUAUGAAUAGCAUGACUGCUGGAAUGACUGAUCAUGACGCUCUUUUCCACCAAAUCACCACGCUUCUUUCUGGGUGGUGCUGAUCGGGUUGGCGAACUGCUGGAUCCACGUGCACUUCUCCCAUGUGGUGAACUACUCAAGCCUGUAUGGUGACCAUAACGGUGGCAGGCUUCUCAUUGAAGUACCUUCAGCCCCUGGGCUGACUCCGGCUACCCAGACUGGCCAUCGGCUCCUCUGCAGGAUGGAGAAUAAAGGGGCUUGUGUCUUGUUUGAGCAACAAGGCCUUCCUGGAUCCUUGGUUAAUCUGUGGUCCAGCUCUCUCUGGGGUACCACCAGACAAAAAGCUCUAUCUGCUCCAGCACCUGCUUUCAAACAGGCCGGUCACAUACCCUUGGGGGAACCCACAAACUUGGUGUGAAGGCGAUAACUGUUUCUAGCCAGGACAAGUCCUGUAGAGUUGCAUGCUGGAUAUAUAGCAAUGACUGGCUGUCAAAAAUUUGCUUAAUCCCCUUUCAAAGCCAUCUGAGUAAGGGACCAUCUUGUGGCAGAGAAUUCCGUAAGUUAAUAAUGCUUGAGGCGUGUAGGGCUGGAGCACCAAAUGAAAUUUAUAUUUAUAAUAAAGCUUCCUUUCUUUGUGUGAAAUCACAUGUAUUGAUAGCAUUUCAGUGUCUUAAAAUGCAGGCAUGCUUUUUCGCUCUGGAAUAGAGAGAAGCUCACCCUAAUAAAAUACUGAGUGAGGGAGCCGGAACCCAUUUUUAGAUCCUAAUUACCGUCUCAAGUGUGGUAAUAUCUCAUGGAGUGGCUUAAUAAUAAUACUUUGUGUAUGAGACUUAAGCAGCCUAACUGCACAUGAUUACACCCUUAUGAGAUUUUGAAGGCUCUCAAUAUGCUGUGCUUCAUGAAUACCACGGACUGAUUCUAAGUUGGGUAUGCUUUAAUAAUUAGUAUAACGGCUUGCUCAGAUGUUCCUCUUGAGGUUAGACAGUGCCGGAGUGAGAUAGAGUUUUGCCAUACUGGAGGUUGAUGUCAGUGAUGUCACUUGUUCAAAGGCAUUAUUUUCUUUGCAAGCCAAAAUUAAGUCAGAAAACCAAGAGGAGCUAAUUAAGCUGCUUCAUCCCUGUUUACACUAACCGUGGUUAGCUUUGCUCAGAAUCUUAACAGUCAAACUGAGGGUCAAAAGGUGGUUUGCAAACCUUGCUCUUUUUUGGGGUUGGGCAAACGUUUAAUUAUUAUUGAGCUUUUACAGAUGCACAAAAUACUGCUGUUCAAUAGAUGCUUCAUAAUACGAAUGCACCCUCCUUACUGAAUUAUGAAAAAGACAUACUCGAUCAUCCAGAUUCCCCAUAAAUCAGUAUGAGAGCCAGGCAGGUGUCCCUGUGGGCAAUGCAGACCCUGGCUAGAGUUAACCAUGGUUAAAUUGGUCAGUUGUAGAGAUGUAAAGCCAUAACCGUGGCUGGCUAUGAAAAGGGAAUGGAGUAUGUAAGCCACCCUCUGGUGAAUCUGCCACUCUAACCAUGGUUGGGAGGUCAGGAAUGCUACAUCAAUAUGUUGUUGUUUAGUCGUUUAGUCGUGUCCGACUCUUUGUGACCCCAUGGACCAGAGCACGCCAGGCACUCCUGUCUUCCACUGCCUCCCGCAGUUUGGUCAAACUCAUGCUGGUAGCUUCGAGAACACUGUCCAACCAUCUCGUCCUCUGUCGUCCCCUUCUCCUUGUGCCCUCCAUCUUUCCCAACAUCAGGGUCUUUUCCAGGGAGUCUUCUCUUCCCAUGUGGUAGCCAAAGUAUUGGAGCCUCAGCUUCAGGAUCUGUCCUUCCAGUGAGCACUCAGGGCUGAUUUCCUUAAGAAUGGAUAGGUUUGAUCUUCUUGCAGUCCAUGGGACUGCAAUAUAAUCCCCCACAAAUCAAACUGUGCCUACUUUGAGUCUCCACCUCAAGCCACCCACCCCAAACGUCUCUGUUCCUCCAGCCAUCAGCAAUGCUUGUCUCCUUACCUGGCUGUAUUCCAAAUGAAACAUUAUCAUUCCAGCCCCACCUAGUUAUGUGGGAUGGUUUGAAGGUAGUAGCUACCAACAGUGAUGCUGAGUUUAACAAAAAUAACAACAAGAAAACUUCUCCUUCUAGCUAUUGCACAAGCAUCCUUGAUAGCUUCAGGUGUUCAUUGAUAGCUCAGGUGUUCAUUGGCAGUAACCAGGUUAUAUAACAGACACUCAUGUCUUCACUUGAUUCAGGAGUGUCCCCAUCGCAAUAUAAUAUGAGAAUCCAGCAUCGUCAUAUAUUUUAGAGGCAUCAACAGUUAUUAAAAGAAAGCAAAUUGAAUGUCUCAACGGGAAACCUUAAAUUUAUGGGCUGUGUCAAGACCUUGACACUAAUGAAUGAAGAAUUGGAAAGAACAGAGAACAUUAUGUUGUUCAGUAAAAAACAACAGGUAUUUGAAGAAAUUGAACUGGAGAGAUCAAGAUGGAUUGGCUUGCCCUGGAUCCUGAUUAAUUUUUAGGAAUAUUAUGUGAGAAGGUUUAGAAAAUUAUCUAGAUAACCUCUGUUGACCUUUUCCAAUAUAUUUAGAGAUAUGAAAGCGAGAGCAGGAAGGGCCUUGAAACGACCCAUCAACAGCUAGCGCAGGGGAUCAGUUCCUGGGUAUCAUUCACUUGAUCAUAGUCUUUCCUACUAUGAUGAGAUGGAUUAUAUUUCUAUUCAAAUGACAGCAAUUGUUUCUAUAUUUUGCAUCUACAAAUUGACAUAUACAAUUUUAAUGCAAGGGAAGCUCACACCCUUUUGAGGGUGUGUAAGGGGGACGGGGGCAUUCAUAGCUAUCCUACUGUUAUGAAAAGAAAAUGAUCCCAGGGCAAGGCCAAAGAGAUAAAACCAAAGAGAAUGUAUGCCUCAAUUCUUUCACUUUCUGGAACCUGAUUUAUUGGCAACCAGCUGGUUAAAGUUUACCACUGCGGAAAAUGUUUUGUGCAUGUUUUCCUCAUCUGACUUCUUCAUGAAUGGCUUGAAUGCGCCAAGGGAAGAAACUUCUUUUAAAAAAAAAUGUAAAUAGGAAUGAAUUGCAGGAGCCAGCCUUGUAAACACUUUUUAUUCUUUUGAUCCCCAAGGCUUAAUUUGCCCAAAUCAAAACUGUCAAUUCCCAUCAGGACCAAGCAGUGAGCAGAUACAUACUUAGCAAGGUGCCAAACCUUUGCAUUGUAAAUACUGUAGCUGGGAAAGAGAUUUCUUCCCUCUCUUGUUUAUUGUAGACAGAAGGCCCUUAUAACAUUGGCUCUAAAUCCAAAAACAAAAUGCAAAAGUGCAGCAAGAUAAUCUCAUAUGUUUGCUAUUGAACAAAUUAUAACGUUGAAUAAGGUAAUGGGAAUGGUUCCCUAUAGUUAAAAAGGUAAAGGGACCCCAGACCACUAGGUCCAGUCGCGGACGACUCUGGGGUUGCGGCGCUCAUCUCGCUUUAUUGGCCGAGGGAGCUGGCAUACAGCUUCCGGGUCAUGUGGCCAGCAUGACUAAGCCGCUUCUGGCGAACCAGGGCAGCUCACGGAAAUGCUGUUUACCUUCCCGUCGGAGCAGUACCUAUUUAUCUACUUGCACUUUGACGUGCUUUCGAACUGCUAGGUUGGCAGGAGCAGGGACCAAGCAACGGGAGCUCACCCCGCCACAGGGAUUCGAACCGCCGACCUUCUAAUUGGCAAGCCCUAGGCUCUGUGGUUUAACCCACAGCACCACCCGCAUCCCUUCCCUAUAGUUGGUGGCUUUAAUAAAUCAAAUUCUAUGCAACAAGUUAAAUUUUCCAGGGUAAAUUUGCAAAAUAAUGUAUUUUGCAUAAGUAUCCUGCAAAGGGGAAGGACUAAAAAGGUAAAGGACCCCUGACAGUUAAGUCCAGUCGCGAAUGACUCUGGGGUUGUGGCGCUCAUCUCGCUUUACUGUCUUAGGGAACCUACGUUUGUCCGCAGAUAGUUUUUCCGAGUCACGUGGCCAGCAUGACUAAGCCCCUUCUGGCGAAAUCAGAGCUGUGCACAGAAACGCCGUUCGUUUACCUUCCCACCAGAGCAGUACCUAUCUAUCAAUUUGCACUUUUUUUGGCGUACUUUCGAACUGCUAGGUUGGCAGAAGCUGGGACUGAGCAACAGGAGGUCACCCCGUCACAGUGAUUUGAACCACUGACCUUCCGAUCAGCAAGUCCUAGGCUCAGUGGUUCAGACCACAGCGCCACCAGUGUCCCAUGGGAAGGACUAGACCAUGUGAAAAAUGAACAUAAUAUUUUCAGCUUUGUAUUCUGGUUAUAAAAAAGCGCACCUAGGCAUUCUGUCGUUGCACCCAUAACCUAGGUUUAAGGUGCUAUUUAGCUCCUAGGUUUCAUAUCUCAGUUUCUAACACUGCGUACACAUGUGUCCAAGCAGUGAGCAUCUGACUUGUGUGGAAACUGCCUGGCAGAAGGGCUGUUUGUGAAACCUGAACUCGCUAUCUAAACCUUACUACAGUGGUACCUCGCAAGACGAAUGCCUCGCAAGACGAAAAACUCACAAGAUGAAAGAGUUUUUCAUUUUUUGAGUUGCUUCGCAAGAUGAAUUUCCCUAUGGGCUUGCUUCGCAAGAUGAAAAACGAAAACGUCUUGCAAGUUUGUUUCCUUUUCAAUGCAUUCCUAUGGGAAACCGUGCUUCGCAAGACGAAAAAUUCGCAAGACGAAAAAACUCGCAGAACGAAUUAAUUUCGUCUUGCAAGGCACCACUGUAUGGAUAAAAGAGAGGUUGCAGGUUUAGUAUAUCAGUUAUAUUUAUCAGAUUUUAUACCACCUUUCAAUAUAUGAUUAUGGGUAGCCUAAAAAAAGUUUAAAAAAUAGAGUAAAAAUGCAAUAAGCGAGAAGCAAAAUGAUAAAAACAUGAUAAAAAUGAUUAUAACAAAAGAUGCCACACUGAAUAAUUCUACAUCCUUUCUUCGGGGCUAAGCUAAGUGCUCUUUUAUAUCAGAGUCAUCAUUCAAUUUAUCAGCAAUAUUUAAAUAAUGUCAAGAUGAUUGAUUUGCCCUUCAGUGAAACAGGAAGGCUUUAUCUAUCUACUCAGUGGCUUGGAUGUACAGUAAUAGAUAGCGAAGCCUUCCCCCCACCCGACUGCUCUGCUAUAAGCUGUUUAUCUUGUGCUACCUUGUCAAAUCUCUGCUUCUUCAUAAUAUAACAUAUGUGUACCAGCAUCUUUGCAGAGAUGUUUAGCCGAAGAGAGACACCAAAUGAAGUUCUCCAACAAGCAUUUUGUGAGCCUUUUUGUCUAAGCAACUGAAUGACUGCUGGGUUGGCCCACAGACGCUUGGUACCAAACCAUAUCAUUGCGCCAAGCCAUAAGGACUACAAACUUCUUAAUAGUUUCCAUGUGCAAACAGGGAACCAGCUUCAGUAGCAUCAGUCUCCCUUUCGGAGUAAAUUUCUCCAUUUUACUUCCUGGUAUUUAGAUAGAGGUUUUGCAUUUGAUGCUCUGGUAACACGCAAACAUGCUUCUCAGACUCUGGCUUUGAGCCCUGUAUUUAUUUAUUUAGUGACAUUUAAUAUUUGGGUCAACUCCCAGGUUGGCUCAGAAAUUAACAAUAAAACAAGAUGCAACCAUGGACAACACAGUAACUGAAAGCAGCAAGCCUCAGCCAGCAUGGCCAGUGGUGGGAACGGAAAUGGCCAUUUAUCCUUAGCUGAAACCCCUGGGUCAGGGUUGGCUAACCUAUGGUCCUCCAGAUGUUGAACCAAUUCCCAUCACCCUUGGCCAUUGGCCAUGCUUGCUGGGGCUGAUGGGAGUUGCAGUUCAACAACAGCUCAAGGGUCAGAGGCUCCCUGCCCCAGUCUUACUCCUUUAGCUGUUAUGUGUUGCCAAUAAGAAAAUAUUGGAUUAGAGCCUAUGACCCGUAUGUUGCUGGCUGUAAUUUUAGAGCUACCUUAAAUCUUGAGUGAAUCAGCCUUUACAUGUUAAAAUGAUGCACCAUAGUUCAGGGCGGUUUACAAAAACGAAUUAGAAUAAAAAUCAAGUUUCCAACUGUGUUGGAAGUCAUGAGAAGUAAUAAUGUAAUCUUGGUUUCCAGGUUAGUUAUGGUCCUGUUUUUCAAGAUGCAAUGUUUUCCUCUCCUUGUGGCUUUAAUGGCUAUUCAUAUUUAAUGGUUUAUAAAGCUUUCGUAAUCCCCAGUGGGAAGAGCUGUUCCAUGCCAUUAUAGCUGGUGUUACGUGGCGGAUGGUGACAGGUUGGCCGAUGUGAGGAGAGCAUCUGCUGCUACGGUUUCCUCUCUGAUGCAGCUAUCAAAGUAAAUGCAAUGCAUGUGAGUCACGUAAGUUGUGAAUACGUGUGUGCAUGUGCACAGACAUGAACAUGCUUUGCAUGCAGAACGUCCAGGAAGAGCACAGGGACCUCUGGCAGCAACUUAACCUUGGGUUAAGUACUUAAUUCGUUCCUGAGGUCUGUUCUUAACCUGAAAAUGUUCUUAACCUGAAGCACCAGUUUAGCUAAUGGGGCCUCCUGCUGCUACUGCGCCGCCAGAGCACGCUUUCUGUUCUCAUCCUGAAGCAAAGUUCUUAACCCAAGGUAAUAUUUCUGGGUUAGCGGAGUCUGUAAUCUGAAGCGUAUGUAACCCAAGGUACCACUGUACAGGGCAGAUUCUUUUGUCACAUUCUUUAAAGCAUCUUUUAACUCAUGAGCCGGCUGCAAAAGGCUCCCAGGAUGGCUUACAACAAGACAGCCCCUGCCUUCAGGCUUACAGCCUAAAUGACAUGUCACAGAAGGAAAAGUGAGUGGGAGGGAGGAGGGAAAAAGCAAACUCGGCUGCUCCUUGAUAUAAAGUUCUUAGACAUCAUCUUCUAGCAGAGAAGAGCAAAGCAAGUUCCCUGCAUCUGCCAGCGGAUUGGGCCAGAUUAUUCUCCACCCCACCAUGGUAUUCUCCCUGGGGUGCAGAUGGAGCUUCCUCCCAAUGGCCCUUGAUCCCAUCACUGAUGGCAGUCCCAGGGCAACUCUAGCCCAGAAUUCUCUGCUUCAACUGGCAACAUCUCUCCACAGUUUCUCUUUUCUCUCACAACACUAGAUGCCUACCUUCCCUGCGUUCUGAGCAGCAGGAGAAAAGGUGCUAACAGCUUCUUUCUGUGUGUAAGCAUUAUGGUGGCCGAUGCAGGUUCCUUUUCCCCAGUUGAUUGGGGUGGAGGGCGUGUGUGUGAGAGGGAUGCCCGUACCCUUUUGUGGUCUUGCCCUCUAUUCUGGUCUUUUUGAUGUGGCUGCCAUGGUGUGCCGUGCCACACACUGCACACAACAGUGUGCAUUUUGUGAGUGGUGCCCCACGUCAGAAUCCCAAAUGCACCCACUGGCCCAGAAAGGUUGGCAAGAAGGUGCUGUACUGGAGCAUGCUGGGACAAGAUGGAGUCGGUUGCGUUCCAUAAAUCCUUUUUACAGAAAAGGUGAAGGAGGAGGGAGAAAUGACCCUCAUUGUGCCAGUAAUUGAUAUGCUAUUCUCUGGCAACCCACAAGGAGCAGCUCAGGAAAUGACUUUGCCAGUUCUUCCCAUGUCACCCAGUAGGCUGAGAUACUUAAGUCACGAACAGUUCUGCUGGUGGAAUAACCUCUGGCUUGAAGCUUGGUGGGGCAGGCUGAAGCCUUCCUUUGGAAGCAGCAGUCCUCUGGUCUCGAUGCUUACCUGCCUCUCCAAAGCAUGAUUUAUUGAUUAUCAGAGCAACUUAUCAUCCUGCGGUUGAGAACGUUUCUAGUACAAUAUUUGGCCAGGCUGACAGGAACAUGGCUUGUAAAGACAUAACCUUUUAUUGUUUAUUAUUACCUUUUUUCCCUGCCCAGGCUUUCCCUACCCCAUGAGGUCAGACUCUGUUUUCAUCUGUAUAAAUCCCCCAAAUUCCUAUUUUUAUAAGAAAAUAAAAUCAUAUGUGUUUAUACUACUGCUUUCCUGGCUUUUAUAGUCAUGUUUUGUUUGAGUGGUAUUACUUGUUGCAUUUAUGUUGUACAGUGCUUAAGGUAUUCCACCCCACCCCACCCCACCCCACCCCCAAAUUAAAAUGGUGCAUAAAAGUGGUAAAUAAAUAAUUGAAAUAAAUAAACGUGGUCAGGAAAGGCGAGAGCCUAUCGAAGUGAGCAUUUGCUUCCUCGUCUGGUAGAAAUGGAGCCCCGAUCCAGGGGCAUGGUGUGGCCAUAUUGCCUUGUCAUUGGUGGGGCAAACAGCUAGGGUGGGUAUAAUGGGAGUUUGCCCUUCCUUGCACCAGUGCUCCAUCACACGCCUUCUUUCUGGUACUGCUUAUUAUGCUAGCAAUAGGAAACUAUUGUUGGAAACAGAGCAUCUUUCCUCUGGGCUCUGGAGAUUCUUUGGCUGCCUUGCUUCUCUUUCAGAAAGGCCUAGUUCUUCUCCAGUAUGAGGAGCCUAGGUGACAUAAGUGCUGGUUGUCUCCCUGGAAUACAUAUUUCUCUCAUCAAGUCAUGUGGCCAGUGCCACAUGUUCAUCUUUGUGUAUGUGUGUGUGUGUGUGUGUGUGUGUUGGCUAUCCUUAUCUUUCCCUUCCAUCCGCCUUUAUCUGUCUGCUCCAGCGUGGUGUGUAUAAAAAUAAGGUCUGCAUGAGAGCAAAAGGAGGAGAUAGUUGGGGAAUGUUUUCACGUUGUGGCUUCAUUUUCUCUAAGGUACAUGAAAGUUUUAACUGUUGGCUGUUUUUCUCCGUAUCUGAAUACGUAUCUUUCAUAUCUGAAUUUGGAAGCACUGGGCUCAUGAAAACAAUGGUGUUUCGUAUCAAUCUGCCUGUAUUGUUAUGAUGACAGAACAGCCAUUUAAGUUACAGUCAAAUCAAAUUUGAAAUUUGCUGGUCAGCAGAAGACUAUUAAGAAUUCACAGCACCAUCGGAACUUGCAGUCUAAUUAAGCUGUAGUCCAGAGAUGGGGACGGGUCUCGAGGGCACCAGUCGAUUCAGCUGCGGCUCUUCAAAUCUUUUUGGACUCCAAAUCCCAACAUCUCUGACCUCUGGCCAUGCUGCCUGGGGCUGGUGGGAGCAGGAGUGCAGCAACAUCGGGGGGUCUAAAUGCUUUCCCAGGCAUUCUGUAGUAGGCUUUCUUUAACCAGAGUGAAUUUUCCUGCUUUACGCUUUUGGAUAAUUUCCCCCAAUGAAUAAAGAGAGAAGAGCAUUUUAUAAAUUGCAGAAACUGUGUGGGAGAAAAAUAGAUUGGUGACAAUACAUGCCUUUAGAAUACAGUGCUCUAGAAGAAGUGGGCCUCUUUGGCUUUUAUGAGAGAGAGAUUCCAGUUUUAAUGCAGGCAGUUUUAUCUUCAGUUCUCCUGCAAGGCUUGGACGUCUUCCUCUGCAGCACACCUUUGCACCUGCAGUACUCUGUCGCCAGCUUCUUUUCUCUGCCACCGUCCCCACUGAGUUGCGUCUCUUGCUGCUGACUAAAUGGAAAUCGCAUGUCUCUGUGAUGAGCCCAGAUGAUGACCGGCUGAGCUGUUUUCAAACCAGUAGAUGGCCUAUGCGGCUGCAGAACAUCCUCUCUGCAAUUUUGUAACCUGUGGGGAAUAUGCACUUUUAAAAUACAUAUGGAAGCCCUGUUUAAUUUGAUCUAUACUUUCCUUUUGGGGAGGGUACAGUGGUACCUCGGGUUAAGAACUUAAUUCGUUCUGGAAUCAUAGAAUCAUAGAAUCAUAGAAUCAUAGAGUUGGAAGAGACCACAAGGGCCAUCGAGUCCAACCCCCUGCCAAGCAGGAAACACCAUCAGAGCACUCCUGACAUAUGGUUGUCAAGCCUCUGCUUAAAGACCUCCAAAGAAGGAGACUCCACCACACUCCUUGGCAGCAAAUUCCACUGUCGAACAGCUCUUACUGUCAGGAAGUUCUUCCUAAUGUUUAGGUGGAAUCUUCUUUCUUGUAGUUUGGAUCCAUUGCUCCGUGUCCGCUUCUCUGGAGCAGCAGAAAACAACCUUUCUCCCUCCUCUAUGUGACAUCCUUUUAUAUAUUUGAACAUGGCUAUCAUAUCACCCCUCAACCUCCUCUUCUCCAGGCUAAACAUGCCCAGCUCUCUUAGCCGUUCCUCAUAAGGCAUCGUUUCCAGGCCUUUGACCAUUUUGGUUGCCCUCCUCUGGACACGCUCCAGUUUGUCAAUGUCCUUCUUGAACUGUGGUGCCCAGAACUGGACACAGUACUCCAGGUGAGGUCUGACCAGAGCAGAAUACAGUGGCACUAUUACUUCCCUUGAUCUAGAUGCUAUACUCCUAUUGAUGCAGCCCAGAAUUGCAUUGGCCUUUAGCUGCUGCGUCACACUGUUGGCUCAUGUCAAGUUUGUGGUCAACCAAGACUCCUAGAUCCUUUUCACAUGUACUGCUCUCAAGCCAGGUGUCCCCCAUCUUGUAUUUGUGCCUCUCAUUUUUUUGCCCAAGUGCAAUACUUUACAUUUCUCCCUGUUAAAAUUCAUCUUGUUUGUUUUGGCCCAGUUCUCUAAUCUGUCAAGGUCGUUUUGAAGUGUGAUCCUGUCCUCUGGGGUGUUAGCCACCCCUCCCAAUUUGGUGUCAUCUGCAAAUUUGAUCAGGAUGCCCUUGAGUCCAUCAUCCAAGUCGUUGAUAAAGAUGUUGAAUAAGACCGGGCCCAAGACAGAACCCUGUGGCACCCCACUAGUCACUCUUCUCCAGGAUGAAGAGGAACCAUUGAUGAGCACCCUUUGGGUUCGGUCAGUCAGCCAGUUACAAAUCCACUGAGUGGUAGCAUAGUCAAGACCACAUUUUACCAGCUUCUUUACAAGAAUAUCAUGAGGCACCUUGUCAAAUGCCUUGCUGAAAUCAAGGUAGGCUACAUCCACUGCAUUCCCUUCAUCUACCAGGCUUGUAAUUCUGUCAAAAAUGAGAUCAGGUUAGUCUGACAUGACUUAUUUUUCAGAAAUCCAUGCUGACUAUUGGUGAUCACAGCAUUCCUUUCUAGGUGCUCACAGACUGUUUGCUUAAUGAUCUGCUCCAGAAUCUUCCCUGGUAUUGAUGUCAGACUGACUGGGCGGUAAUUAUUUGGGUCCUCUCUUUUCCCCUUUUUGAAAAUAGGGACAACAUUUGCCCUCCUCCAGUCUGCCGGGACUUCACCUGUUCUCCAGGAAUUCUCAAAGAUGACUGCCAGUGGUUCUGAGAUCACAUCUGCCAGUUCUUUUAAUACUCUUGGAUGCAGUUCAUCUGGCCCUGGAGACUUGAAUACAUCUAAACUAGCCAAGUAUUCUUGUACUAUCUCCUUAGUUAUUCUGGGCUGUGUUUCCUUUGCUGAAUCAUUUGCUCCAAAUUCUUCAGGUCGGGCAUUUUUUCUUUAUCGGAGAAGACUGAGGCAAAGAAGGCAUUGAGGAGUUCAGCUCUUUCUGUGUCCCCUGUUUGCAUUUCACCAUCUUCUCCUCUGAGUGACCCCACUGUUUCUUUGUUCUUCCUUUUGCUACGGACAUACCCAUAAAAGCCUUUUUGUUGCUUUUAACCUCUCUAGCAAGCCUGAGUUCAUUCUGUGCUUUAGCUUUUCUGACUUUGUGUCUACAUGUGCUGGCUAUUUGUUUGAAUUCCUCUUUGGUGGUUUCCCCCUUUUCCAUUUUUGUACACAUCCUUUUUAAUCUUAACUCAGUUAAAAGUUCUUUAGAUAGCCACCCUGGCUUCUUUAGGCACCUUCCAUGUUUCUGUCUCAUUGGUAUUGCCUGACGUUGUGCUUUUAGUAUCUCCUCUUAACAAACUCCCAGCCAUCAUGAACUCCCUUUCCUUUUAGUAUUACUGUCCAUGGGAUCUCACCCAGCACUUCCCUAAGUUUUAUGAAGUCAGCUUUCUUAAAGUCAAGAAAUUGAGUCCUAGUAUGCUUGGCUGCUCCUUUCCGCUGUAUAGUAAACUUCAGAAGAGCAUGAUCACUCGCGCCUAAUGAUCCUUCCACUUCUACCCCACUAACCAGGUCAUCAACAUUGGUUAGGACCAGAUCUAAAAUGGCUGUUCCUCUUGUUGCUUCUCCCACUUUCUGGACAAUGAAGUUGUCUGCAAGGCCAGUGAGGAAUCUGUUUGACCUUAUGCUCUUGGCUGAGUUUGACAUCCAACAAAUAUCCGGGUAAUUGAAGUCCCCCAUUACUACUAUCUCCCUUCCUUUUGCAUGCUUGGCCAUCUGUUCCAGGAAGGCAUCAUCUAUGUCCUCCGUUUGGCUUGGGGAUCUAUAGUAAACUCCCACAAUGAGGUCACUGUUAUUCUUCUCUCCCUUAAUUUUGACCCAAAUGCUCUCACUUUGGCUUUGAGGUUCUAAAUCUUGGAUCUCUUCACAGGUAUACACAUCCCUGACAUAUAACGCCACUCCUCCUCCUUUCUUGUCUGGUCUGUUUCUCUGAAAUAGAUUGUAUCCCCCAUUAUUACAUUCCAAUCGUGGGACUUAUCCCACCAGGUUUCAGUGAUGCCUAUUAUGUCAUAUUUAGUUUGCUGUACCAAGAGCUCAAGCUCAUCUUGUUUAUUUCCCAUGCUUUGCGCAUUAGUGUACAGACAUUGAAGUCCAUUAAUCAUUCCCCGUGACUCUUAUUUAAGGAUUUUUCCUCCCACCACUAGGUCUGUGUGCUGUUUGCUCCAUUUGGUCUAUGACAUUUGGAUGAUCAUCUUCAUCAAUUGAUAGACUCCUACCUUCAGGAGCACUGUCUUCCUCCCCCACAUUAGUCAGUUUAAAGCCCUCCUGAUGAGGUUUCUGAGAUUUUGGCAAAAACAUUUCUCCCAACCGUUGUGAGGUGCAGCCCAUCGCUUGCCAGAAGUCCAUCUUCAAGAAACUGCAGUCCGUGAUCUAAGAAUCCAAACCGUUCCUGUUUACACCAUUUGCGAAGCCAGCUGUUCACUUCCACUAUUUUCCUCUCUCCCUGGGCCACGUCGUUCAACUGGGAGGACAGAUGAGAUCACAAUUUGUGCAUUUAAUUGCUUCAAUUUCCUGCCCAGAGCCUCGUAGUCUCUUUUGAUCUUCUGGAGGCUAUUCAUUCUUAACCUGAAACUGUUCUUAACCUGAGGUACCACUUUAGCUAAUGGGGCCUCCCGCUGCCGCCGCCGCACCGCUGCUGCUUGAUUUCUGUUCUCAUCCUGAAGCAAAGUUAUUAACCUGAGGUACUAUUUCUGGGUUAGCGGAGUCUGUAACCUGAAGUGUCUGUAACCCGAGGUACCACUGUACUUGUAUCUAGCAGGCUCCGAAUACCUAAUUCUCUUAGACUAGUGCUUUAAGCUCAUCCUUUGACAACUACCUUCAAAGCAAAUCAGUCUCUUUGUUGGUUCUGGUAAGGUGGAGAUUGGCAGUUUUUGUGCACCCACCAAGGCUCAUGAUAGUCUCUUCGAUAGGUGGAAACUCUGUCCUGAAGGGGGCCUCUUUUCUUCUCACCCUCCUCCUCAAGGCAAAAUGGCAUUUACCUGUUUCAAAUGAGGAAUUUACCAGCGGAAAUAGAAUUCACCCCUAGAAAUUAAUUUGGAGUUAAUUUCCUAGCCUCCCCAGUGGCCAUUUGAAAAAUUAAUAGAAGCCCCGGAUUAGUUCUGGGGUGUGUUGGGUUCCUAGACUCCAGUGCAGAGUGAUGGCUUCAUUGCCACAUGCUAAUAUAUAGGGAUUUUUUUAUGACUACAGUUUUGUGUUGUCAUUUUCUUAUUUAUUAAAUUUAUUCCUCACUUUUUUAUCGAGGUAACUCAAAAGUGACCUGUAAUACAUAAACGAUCAAAUGCAUACAUUUAAACUGGCAUAAAAGAAAAACAUUUGGGGGGGGGGAUACCAAAGACAACCCUGUUUUUAACUUUGCAAAGAGGCAAGAGAUAAUUAAGAGCCAAAAGCUUGGUGGAAAAAAUGUUUUUGCCUGGUGCGUAAAGCUAUGUAAUGAUGGUGUUUUAGAACUAACACACAAGGCCAUAUAUAGGUUACUUGAGACACGGUGCUAUCCCUUAUAUACCCACUAGGCCACCAUACUCUGUAGCAGAGUUUCUGCUGCAAAUUCGAAAGAUCUCAGAAGCCCACCUUACAGUGACUCAGAUCAGGGCUUUCAGUGUGGCUCCCUCUGUUUUGUGGAACAGCACCCCUUGCAAGAUACGCCAAGCACCCGCCCCCUGUACUUUCUGGAAACAACUUUCAACAAGCUUUUCCAGCAGGAUGAAAAUGUCUCUCCCUUAGGUGCUCAUUUUAUCUUGUUUAAAAUAUUAGCUUCAGCUGGGUGUUUUUUUUGUAUUAUUUCAAAAACUAUUUUUAGCUCUUUUAUGGUAUGUUUGUAAAUGGCCUUCAGGUGCAUGUAAAAGGCAAUUCACAAACAAACACUUUUUGAAAGGGAAAACCUACACCCACUGCAGUCUGAAGUUCAACCUGUUUGCCCCCUCUGUAAGGUCCCUAGGAGCACUCGUAAAUCAUUAGAUUUCCAUCAUCUCUUUCCCCCUCAACCCUAAUUAGGUUGGGGAUUUGCUAACCUUUAUUUCUACCUUCUUAAGCUACGAGGGUGCUUCAUUCUCCUCCUCAUAACUCCUCAAAAAGCUAUUUCUUUGCUAGCUAUUAAUCACUGGGAAGUCCAUGUUAUCGUGUUAAUUGCACACAUCUUGAGCAGAAUUUGGUCCUGUACAAAGGGAAGGUGCUCUUUGCAUUUCCUCUCUUCUAUCCUAUGUUAUUUGUCCUCCUAUCGAGAUUACUUCUUGUCUUUCGCUUGCAGGGGGAAACAGUUGUUUAAAGACUCAAAUCUACUCUCGCGCGGUUAUUGUCAAUUCCACGGCCAUUUCUCAUCUUCAUUGUGGUAGCUCCAGCUCAUUACAGGCUGCGAGCAGAAUUUUAAAGAGCAGAUAAGAUAACAGAGAAACAGUGUGGAGUUUCAUUUGUGCACAAAAGUACAAGCAGUUGCCUGUAUGGGAAAGUUUCACUGUUGGUCCUAAUUCAUACCUACUAACACCAAAGCAAUACGGUUAGAUUAGGAGCAUAGGAAACUGCCUUAUAUGAGUCAAACCACUGGUCCAUCGAGCUCAGCAUUGUAUACUCAGGCCGGCAGUCAAGGGACAUUCCUAGCCCCACCUGGAGAUGCUGGUAAAUGAACCUGGGCCAGUUGCCAAACCUGCUGCAGAGGUAAAGCUAGUAAUUCUUGAACCCACAUUCCAAAUAAAUCACAAAAAGCUAGAAAGUCUGGCUUACAGUUAACUGUGAAUGUGGCCAGGAUGUAAAGAGCAAUCAAUGCUGCAAAGAAGGCAUUAUGUAAAUGCUAAGCAUUACUUUAACUAGGAGGCUGUAGUGAUAAUCAAAUAAUGGCACUGGUUGCCAGGCUGCUGCUUUUUUGUAAAAUAUUUGCUUUGCCCUGUAGGCAGGGAAGUGGUGGUCACAAAGUUGGUUAUACUUGCAAGUUGCACCAGGUACCUGAAGAACACACAAUAGCAGGCCUUUGCCUUCUUGAUCUCUUAUCUACAGGUGUGGCUUGAAAUUCAAAAGGGAACCUGCUGUUGACACAGGGCAUGGACCUCUGUGGGGAAUGUAUAUUUGCUUUUCUUAAAACUGUAGGUGCUUAGGGAAAUAGCCAAAGAGGGCAGUUUUAGACUGUGUAAACAGGUGUAAAAGCAGGAGCUGACCUGUUUUCUCACUCCUGGCUUUGCCCCAACUUCACACUGCGCGACAGACGUUCUUGUUUCCAAACCGAAUGCUCAGUUUUGCCUUCUGCAGUUUUUAAAGUGGGGCUGCCCAUUAACUUGAAUGGCUCUGAAAGAGGUUAAGACAAAUUCAUGGAGGAUAAGGCUCCCAGAGGUUGCUAGCAUUGAUGACUGUGUUCUCUCUCCACCAUCGAACGAAGUGCACCUCUGUCUUUUUAUCUUCCCAAAGGGAAGGAAGGCACCUACAAAUGCCAUUGAAGACUUCCGGGUUGGCGCCCCCGUCAAUGGCGGAAUUCCUCUGAUCGAGAGGAAUUUGCCUCGUGGAAAUUCGGGUCUGGCCGCCACGGCGAAGGCGGAGACCCACUAAAAACCACAGGUGGGUGAAGCCUGUGAACGUGGGAUUUGGCAGGCACUUUUUGCGCCUCCCCUACUCGCAGGGAAACCCGGUUUCGGGGAUCUGGAGCGACGUGGAGUGAGCGGUGCGGUGCUUCGGAUCGACUUCUUCUUCCACGGAGUGAAGCCGCAUAGCUGUUGCUGGAGAGCGCUGACUUUUUCCUGUGGACAAUUUGAUCUUAAAGCAACUACCCGUGACUAGAGUGAAGAAUUGGAUUUUUAAACGUCUUAAUUUGGCACCGAAAUGGGGAGGCUCAAAACAGGAAGUCCACCUCCCCUUUUUGUAAAUAAGACUGAGGCAAAGAGGUUGCAAGCUAAAGUCUUGGAAAGCCUAUUGUAAAGGACUAAAUUCUCAUCAGUAAAAAAUAUUAAACCCCCCUUGGAAGCAGGAGAAGAGGGGGGAGGCUUUGGAUUGUGUAUCCCUGCAGGAGUGAGUGAAGGAAGUUAAAAUACCACCGUUCCGAACCUGGAAACGGGCUGCUAGUAAGACCGACGUGUCUUGGAAGGUUCAUUGACAGUGAAUAGAACGUUCUGUGACAGCUAGCAUAAGAGAGAUACAUUGUUUCCAUUGUCUUCGUCUGCACUUAAAAAGGAGUAAAAGUAACGGAAAAUUGAAACAACUUUAUUGAACUUUAUUAAAAAAGGAGGAAAGUAACUGAAAAUUGAAACUAACUUUGGAUUAUUGAAACUGUGUUUAAAAGAGGACAUACUGACCAAUACAAAUACAACUCGCUUUCCCCUAGUGGAAGCUUUUGAAAUUGGUUGCUUUAUGGGAGCUGGGCUAGGGGAAUUUCCAGAUGCAAGAUAAAAAGGGUGAGACUUUGGAAUUGACCUUGAAUCUCUUAAGUGUUAUGGCAAACGGAAAGGAAAAAACAGAUAGGAUGUCGACAGAGGAGGCCUUAGUGGCUGCAUUAUUGAAAAUAAACGAUUAGCUGGAACAACUCCACAAGAAAACAGAUGCGAUAAAUGUGAAAUUGGAUGUGGCAAAUAUUGAAAUUGAUUCAACUGUAGAAAGUUUAAAUAACUUGGGACAAAAGGUGAAUACCAAUUCAGAAACCACUCAGAAACUGACACAGGAAUCUACUUCAAUAUGGCAAACUGCAGAUGAAGUCAGGGGGAAAACCCUUGCUGCUGAAUCUAAAGUAAUACAACAGGAGAGGAGAGUCCCGUCCAUACAAAGACAACUUGACGAGCAUAAGUUGACAUUCGUUAUGAUUGAACUUAAAGAAGAACGGAUGAAUUUGAGGACCAGAGCCCUAUCUGAAUUGGAAAAGGAAAGCUUGACAGAGUUUCAGGAGGCGAUACUAACAUUGGUUGAGAAAGAGAGGUAUUUGGGGGUUAGUAUGACCGCCAAAAAUGUGAAUCUGCUUAAGGAUAACUGUGAAGGAUGUUGGAUUGAAGAGAAGGGGGAUUUGGAAAUAUGGACAAAUCAGAAGUUGUUACUGUUGGGCCGAGUUAUUGUGGUGGGGAUGAGGGCUGCUGUUUUGCUGGGGAUGUUGCUUUUGUUUCAAACAUUGCAAGCUUUGGAUGGGAUGGAGGGUUUCAGGAGGUGGCAGAGGGAUGCUCCUAGAGUUGUUUGGCAGGGCAGGAAGCCUCGAGUAAAAUUUAAGAUAUUGAUGGAUGUCAAAGAAGGAGGUGGACCUGCCCUGACAGACCUUUAAACUUUGCUGUGAACCAUCUGCUUUUUGCUGGUUGAGAGAAUGGUUGCUUUUUGAAAACACUGAAGCGUUGGACAAUGGCAGAUGAAGUUGAUGGACUAUAUGGAAUUGGCGGAAAUGACUGGCAAGAUCCGAGACCAGGGUGAAGAGUCGGUGGAAGAAGAUUGGAAAAAGUUUAAAGACUAUUUAUAGAAAUAUUGUAAAAUUAAGGAAUGUUAGAAAAUGUUGGAAUGAAAUUAUAUGGCUUUAGCAGAAAUGUCAUAAGGAAUUAAGUAUAAAUAGAUUAAUAGAAAAUUAAAGGAAAAGUAUGGCAAGAAUGUGUUAAGAUAAUUAUAGAACAGAAAACAGAGUAAGAUGGAAAGGAAUUGCUGAAACAAAUAAUACAGUGGUGCCCCGCAAGACGAAUGCCUCGCAAGACGGAAAACCCGCUAGACGAAAGGGUUUUCCGUUUUUGAGUUGCUUCGCAGGACGAAUUUCCCUAUGGGCUUGCUUCGCAAGACGAAAAUGUCUUGCGAGUCUUGAGAUUUUUUUUCCGCUUUCCCCCCCUUUUUCUAAGCCGCUAAGCCGAUAAGCCUUUAAUAGCCGCUAAACCGCUAAUAGCGCUAAUCCGCUAAGCCGCUAAUAGGGUUGCUUCGCAAGACGAAAAAACCGCUAGACGAAGACACUCGCGGAAUGGAUUAAUUUCGUCUUGCGAGGCACCACUGUAGAAGUGGAAUACAAAAAGGGAGGUGGGAGGAGGUCGCUGGAAAUAAGUAAAUGAAAUAUAAGAUUUUGAAAAUGUUUGAGGUGAUUUUAAAUUGUUUUUGCUUGUUUUUGUUUGUUUUGUUAGUCCAUGUAGCGUUUUUGUAUUGUAUUUGCAUUGUUUUUUCUUUUUUUUUCUUUUUUCUUUUUGUUUGUUUGUAGUGUCGUGCUGGAAAUGUUAAAAAAGUAAUAAAUAUCAUUUUUUUAAAAAAACCAAAUGCCAUUGAAAAGCAGUUCUCUUCCGCUCUGCUUUUUAAGGAACACAGUGUCUUUCUUUUUGGGUGGUCUUAGAAACACCUCUUCUUGCAUGCAUGGUUGGGAAUGGAGAAACACAUGCAAAAAAUGACCAUCUGGAUAUGUUAACAGAACUUUGCAAAUCACUGUCAGGAGUGUCCUUCAUCCAAACAGGACAGUGCUUAUUGCAUAUUCAUUUUUUUUUAAAUGCCUUUUUUUUUAGAGUCUUGGACCAGGGUGCUUGGUGUGUGAGAGAGUUUAAUCUCCCCACUUCUUUAUCUGCCUACUGAAGCAUCAGAACGACUACCUCCCCCCCCCCACUGCUUUUAGCUCUUAGAAUUGUAGAGUUGGAAGGGACCCCAAGGGUCAUCUAGUCAAACCCAAUGCAAUGCAGGAAUCUCAAUUAAAACAUCCAUGACAGAUGAUCAUCCAGGAUUCUUUGGGGGAAGACAUGUUCUUUAAAUGAGUGGUGUGAAUGUGACCUAAGUCUUAGAGAAGAGUCAUGUUGUUGGCAUUUGCAAAGCAGGGUGGAUUUGGAGCAAGCUUAUCCUGAAAUGAAGAAUUUGUGACUGGCAGGUCGUGAUGAAAUUGUUUGAACUUGUUUGCCAUUAAUUUAAUUCUAAGUCUCUAAGAAGGACAAUUUGUCUUCCAUUUUAGAUAUGAAUUAUUAAGGGUGUGUGUGUGGGUGUGUGGGUGUGUGGGUGUGGGUGUGUUUGGGCUCUGAUGGGAUUUUAGAAGCUUUGAGCACUCAGAGGCGGAAAAUCUCAUUUUCAGUUCUGUUCCAACUUCAUUAACUUAAACCCUUCUGCCAUAUUAUCUGUGCUUCUGGCUUCUCCAUUUUAGAUUGUUUUAAUAUGUAUUUUACUUUUGUAAAGAUUCAUUUCAAUGUAAGUGGUAUAUAGAGAUAGUAUCAAAUCAAAUCAUAUGAUGCCCAGUUGUUACUGGCCUUCUGGGAUGUGCAAAAAUGAUGUCUGUCCUAUUUCUUUUGAGCUUCCCAUAAAACCUUCCCCCUUAAAUAUUGGGUACAGGAGAAAGUGCCCUGUGCCAUCCCUUCUAGAGAUGCAGGUUUGACAUCACUGUUAACCACUGGGUUGUAUCCAAUGCUAGUUCUAUUCAAAACAGACACGUUUAAAUUACUGAACAUGAAUAAGUUUGGUCCAUUAAUUUCAAUAGGUGAACUCUGAGUGAAACCUAGUUGGAUACAACCUACUAUUAUUUUUAGAUUUGAAACUAGCAGGUUGUCAAUACACAGAUGAGUCUGUAGGAGUCUCCCCUUCUGUGUUUUUGAUCCCUUCAGAGCAGACUGUGUAUUUACCUGUGUAUGCCUGCUAUUCACCUGUACUGUUAAGGGAUCAUGGAAAAGCAAUUCCAGUGAAGGACAUCUGCAUGGUCUUUUUAAUACCGCAUCCCAUUGUUAAUCCAGCACAGAACUGGGUGCCUUAGAAGCCCCUGAGCCCCAAAAUGGGAGCUGCCCUGAAAGAGCCAGGGUAGCACAAUACAGUGGUACCUCGGGUUAAGAACUUAAUUCGUUCUGGAGGUCCGUUCUUAACCUGAAACUGUUCUUAACCUGAGGUACCACUUUAGCUAAUGGGGCCUCCUGCUGCCGCUGCGCCGCCAGAGCACAAUUUCUGUUCUCAUCCUGAAGCAAAGUUCUUAACCGGAGGCACUAUUUCUGGGUUAAUGGAGUCUGUAACCUGAAAUGUCUGUAACCCAAGGUACCACUGUACUUACAAGUAGUUAAGAAUGAGCCAGAGAGCCUCCCAAUUCAAAUCUGACCUCAGCUAUUGAACUCAUUAUGUAGUGUUAAGCAAGCCACUCUAUCUCUGCUUCAUCCCCUGCAUCUGCGGUAUGAGGAUAAUAAAACUGAGCCACCUUACAGGGUUGUAGGGUGGAUUACUGAGAAUAAAGAGGAUUUAUUGUGAUUUACUUCCACUUGUUGGAAGCAGGUCGUAAUCAGUGUGACACCUGAGGAGAUGCUAGUUCCUUCUGUUGUCACUCUUGGCUCCAAAAUGAAUGAGAGAGGCAGAUGGUUACAAGUACAGUCUCCAUGGACCAGGGAGGCAUAAGUUAGCUCCUAGUUCCUUAUGCCUGUGUGGGAUAGUUGUUAAGAGUUUCAAAGUAGGACUAGGGAGACACGAUUUCAAACCCUCACUUUGCCAUGAAUCUCACUGGGUAACCUUGUGGUAUGUAAAUGGCUCUUGGAGCCAUUUUGGCUGAAAAGCAGGAUACAAAAACUCUACUUAGAGCCAUACCAUACAUUUAAAGUGUAUUCAAUGUACACUUUCCCCAAAGAAUUCUGGGGACUGUAGUUUGUUAAGGGUUCUGGGCAGUCCUCCCCCCCCCCCAAAAAAAGUAGGUGCCAGUACACGCCAUAAAGUUGUUACGGUAAGUGUCACAUUUUAAACAGAAAUAAAUAAAAGAAGUGCCGUUACUGCGUACCCUUGAGUACCCCUGGGGGGAAGCACUGGUGCUGGGAAUUGUAGGUCUUUGAGGGGGAAAUUACAACCCAUGGAUUCUUUGGGGAAAGUCAUGUCCUUUAAAUUGUGCUUUGAAUGCACUCUAUGGUGAGGAUCUGCCCUCGAAAGAAUGGCAAUUGAUGCAUAAAAAGUAAGGAAGAUGCAUGUUUAGUGGGAGUUAAAUGCCGUGCCCUAUAUGACAGGAUGCUUUUGCUGGGGUGGCAAAGACUAGACUUGGAAUAUACUCUGUGGACACAGAGACACACACACUCUGGUUGGAGCAAUCUAGCUGCAGUGUCCUUCAGAAGGGCAGGCCCCACUGGAGUGUGUUCUCUUUUCUUCCCUUUAUAUAUAAAAUCCAAUUUCCUAUAUAUUAGCAACUCAUCCUCACUCUGUGCUCAGUAUCUGGGGCAAGGGCAUGAACCUAUUUCUUCGUCACACAGCCUAGCGAAGAAGGAGCCACAGGCGUGCGUGGCUGACUUAGCUGUGCUUGCAUUUUCGGAAAGCCACUCUGGAGCCUGCAAAUAUGCUGCUGAUUUCUAAAGGUUUUUCACUACUUCUUUUUUUGGUUCUCUGCAUCAGUUUCUUCUCACCAAAGGACACAGAAGGCUCCCCCCUUCCCAGACUGUUUCUCCUUGUUUAGUCCCCUUUUAUAGGUAUUUUAAAAACAAAAAACUCAUUAACAUCCCAUUGGAAGGAUGAUCGCCCAAGGCCUGGAGAAGUGUAUAAUUAAAGUGUCUAUGAGGGGAAUAUAUGAGCGACGUUACAGCAGGCUGCUCCUCUCUGGAGCCUCGUAUACUAGAAUAGGCAGUUCAUGGCAUGCAGCAGAAAAAGCAGCUUGAGAGCAUCGUUAGAUCUGUUACAUCCUGCAAAAGUAAUAAACCAAAAGAGGGUGGUUUAAAUUUUUGAUAGAUGCCAGCCUCUUUCAAAAGGAGAGUUACGCCUAAAGCAAGUUUAGGCCAUGUUGAUGGGACUCCCAUCUUCCCUUGCCCCAGCCAGCAUGGCUGAUAGUCAGGGAUGAUGGGGAACGUUGUGCUGCAACAUCUGGAGGGGGUAUCAGGUCCUCCAGCCCUGCUGUAAUAAGGGAGGCACCGCCUUGUGCCCCUUUCUUGAAGAUGGGAGGGCUGUGCAGGCACAGAGCCAUGCACCCUUUGUGGAACCUGAGCCAUUUGUACUAUGGCGGGCUGUUGCAUCUGGCUUUCCUUCAUCUACUCCAGCCUUUGCCAACCUGGUGCCUUCCAGAUGUUUGGGACAUGCUGGCUGGAGCUGAUGGGAGUUGGAGUCCUAAGCACCCUAAUGAGAACUACGGUAGGUUGGCAAAGACUGAUGUAGUUCAAACAUUGCUCUUCCAGGAUGCUUUCUGGGGCUACUCUUAACAUUGUUUGAAUCCUGUUUCUUUUGCUGUCUUGGUACUGAAAUCCUCUUGAUCACUGGCCAUGGCAAAAGCUGUGAGCCAGACUAUAAGGUACCAAGCUUCUGGUGGGCCGAUGAGGUGCAACAAACCACCCUGGCCUGCUCUUAAAGCACAGCUCACAUAUUCCACUGGGCCAUAGUCUACUCACUCUCAGGAGCUGUCUAUUUGGUUUUCUCAAGUCGGAUGGGUUGCAGUAGCUUCACCCUUCUGUAAGCAAGUUUUGGCUUUGUCCUGACACAAAGGAGAGGAAUUGCGCCUCCUCCUCUUCAUCCCCAAGUUUAGAUUUGAAUGGACAAUUCAGACCUACUGGAGCAGUGAAUACGCUAGGCUUUCUGAUGCUCCAGGCUAUUCCAAUGCUUCCUGCCUUGGUUUUAUUGGAUUCAAAACAACAAUCAAAUAGGAAACGCAUACUUGAAAUAUUUUUCCUUACAUCUGCCUCAUCGACAAGAGAAAAGGAAAGUUAAUCCUGGCCCUAGUUCUCAUAAAUGCCUUCUUCCUGUCCCUGCAAAUUCCAGAAUGGCGUUGAUGGGAUCCAUCAUUCUUGGCCUCCGAAAUGUAAACAGGCAUCUCAUAAGCCGUCCAAACCAAGUGGAGCAUCGUGUUUCAUUUGGCAGCCAGUGCUGGAUGCUUUGCAGGGAAUGGCACUAAAAAUGGAACACCGAGGCAAUGUCUUUUCUGGGAACAGUACUUAGUUCAGAUAUUAAAGCCACUGGAUGUCCCUCCAUUGAGCAAGUUUAGGAGCCACUGACCUGAGCAGGUCUCUGGUCCUGGCUCAUUAAUACACGGGUGCAGCUUCUGGGCUCAUAGCUCAGGAAAGGAGCUGGCCAGAAUGAGGUAACUGGAGAAGAAGAAGAUGGGUUGCAAAGUGCUCCUCAGAGCCAGCUUCCCCACCAGACAGGGAGAAGCUAGCAUGCCUUUUACACCAGGAAGGUUUAGAAUAUGAAGCCGUAGGGAGCUGGAAGUCCUGCUACUUCCUGGAUCUCACUCAGGCCUAGAUCCAGGCAUGCUCAUAUGUGUUUUCCCUGCACUUCUGAGUUACCUCGUGUGCAUCUCUUUGAGCUCUUCACCAGUAACCCUGAUUCUUCUGCUUGGUUUGUCAUCUCCUCUUUCCCCGUGGUCCUUUGUGUGAUGAGAGGAGGAUGUCCGAGAGUUGGCCAGGGACCUAGGCAACUGAGAUUAAGCCCUCUGGUCCUGGAGUAGGGAUAUCUGGAUCCAGUGCCUCCUCAGCAUUACUGGCAGUGCGGUGGUCUUCCAGGGGGUGCUUCUCCUUCUCCAUGGUGACCACCAGGUUCCAGGUCUAGACAGGCUGACCCUUGACAUCACAGUAGGAGCCAUAUACAUUUAUUAAUACAGCUAUAACCCACCUUUCAUCGGAGGAGCUCAAAGUUGUGUACAUGUCACACACCCACACCCACUGUACAUGUUAUCCACUUGACCACCUUGUGAGUUAGGUUAGGCUGAGAGAUGGCGACUGGGCCAAGGCCACCAAUUGAGUGUCAUGGUCUCCCAAGUCUUAGUUCAGCGCUCCAGCCCACCAAACCUCAACUGCAGCUUCUACCUCAUGCUAGCCAGGCUGGAUGUGGGCAAUGUGGCACUCGCUAAAAAAACAAGGAGGUUCAUGCAGAAUGCUCUGGGGCAUUGCAAAGGCUCCUGGUUCGUAUACCGAGUGCUCCCUCAGGGUACCCUGGGUCCAGUUCAGUACCAGGCAAGGAGAAUACUACUUUCAGCCUUGUUUUGACCUUGCAUAUGCACCCAUGUUCCACUCUACAAUAGGGGUAAUGUUGGUGUGGAAACGUAACAUGUUGGGGGAUGUGUUCUGUGGCCGUGUGGCGUAGUAGUUGGCGGCAGUGGCCAUUGUUAAAACAGCUGUGGCACAUGCAGGAAGCUUUUUGCUGUCACCACAAAGUGAAAGAGUAGCAUUCGUUCUUUGGCUCCCAGCUCCUUGACUAGUGGUGUGUAGUCAUGGGCAUACAGCCCAGAGGAAGAAAAAUUCCAAGGGGCUUUAGAAUUCUUCCCAACAAUGCUCUUAUUUUUCUUUCAAAACUAUUUUUUCUUAGAAAAAGGGAACAAAUAACUCAUAUAAAUCACAAUAGAGACAAGACAGAAUGAAACAAAAUGCAUCGUGCUCCUAUAUAGACAGAUGCCUAAUACCUUGGGAUCUAGGACACGUGGUGAAAUUGACAAAUAGAAUCAGUGUCAGACAGCAGACAACCAUGUAAAGAAAUUUAUUGAGAAGUGGAGUUGGUUUAUUUUAUAUUGGAAUGAUAAAAUGCAGGAUACAGUAAAUCUUUGUGCAGUAUUAGGUGAGAUAAAGGCUGAGGUCUCGUGUGUGUGUGUGUGUGUGUGUGUGUGUGCACACACACACACACACACACACACAAACACACACAUAUGGGGGUUAGAAACAGUGCUUAUGGUGGGAAAUUUGAAAGUGAUUUGAUUGGCAUGAUGGCUAACAAUUACUUGUGGAAAAGGGAAAAAAGAGAUGUAGGAAUUGACGUAAUGCUGAUCUCAAACCUUUAACAUUGUAAUUUUUUUGUAACUUAAAAAUCACUUUGAAGCUAGAACAGUAUUGAAAUGAACAGGAUCAAAUUUCUUUGUGUGUUCCCUUUUUAGUAAUAACAGGUGCAGAUGCAGAGGUUCCUUUAGUGAAAAUAACAUACAAAAAUCUUAUUAGGGAAAAUGGCUUGCAAAUAGAGAAAUGUGCUCUUAAAGGAGCUUUGGUCCAUACAUUGCAGGAAUCAGGCCUUCAGCUGGAUGGCACAGAUCCCUUGGAACUCCUUUCAAAUUGAGAAAGCACUCCCUCUCACUCUUUUUAUUUUUCCGGCACUUACUGAAGACAUUCCUUUUUUCAACAAGCCUUUUAAGUGGAACCUCCCCCCCCCCCCGCCCCCGUAUCUGUGUUAGAUUUGAAAUUGUUUUUAUAUAUGACAGUGGUUUACAUAUGUUUUGAUUGUUGGUGUUUUUAUGAUUUAAUCCCUUCAAGAUGUUUUGUAGGCAGCUAUUCAUAAAUAAAAUAAGUGCUUACUAAUUCUCGUGUGGACUUUUUUAAAAAAAAAUGCAAACAGAUUGGAAAUGGGGCUUAAGACUAGUUAAGAUAAGAAACAGCAAUUGACCAAUUAGUCCAUUGCUACCCAGAAUUACUUAUUGGAUCCUUCCUGGUUUUAAACUGCCUCUCUUUUUUUUUUUUUUUUUUUUUUAAAGCAAUUUAUUGGGUUUUACAAUAAGAAUAAACAUAAUAAACAAUAUAACAUUUGUCUUAACAUAGUUUCACAUUUUCUUUGGACUUCCUCACAUCCCCCGCUCCCACUUUCAUCGUUAUAACAUUUUGUCAGCAAUUUAUCAUCUUAUUUAAAUUCUUAUAUCUCUUCAAUGUUUCAUAAUCUUAUAGUUCUCAUAAAGAGUUAAACUUUCACAGUCUUACUUAUUUUCUUAAAAACUUCUAAGUUAAGUGGUGCUCAGUUAUUUAGUCUAGCAUCUUAUUUAGCAUUCACUCAAAUCACAAUAUUUUUGUAGAUAGUUCUUAAAUUUCUUCCAAUCCUCCUCGAUUCUCUCUUCUCCCAGGUCACGGAUUCUGCCGGUCAUUUCAGCCAGUUCCAUAUAGUCUAUCAGUUGCAUCUGCCAUUCUUCCAGUGUGGGUAAAUCUUGAGUUUUCCAAUGUUUUGCAAGAAGUAUCCUUGCUGCUGUUGUUGCAUACAUAAAAAAUGUCUGGUCCUUCUUUGCCACCCCUUGGCUGACAAUACCCAGAAGGAAAGCCUCUGGUUUCUUGGUAAAGGUAUAUUUAAAUACCUUUUUCAAUUCAUUAUAAAUCAUUUCCCAGAACGCCUUCACUUUAGGGCAGGUCCACCAGAGGUGGAAGAACGUUCCCUCACACUCUUUACAUUUCCAACACUUAUUAUCAGACAGGUGGUAAAUUUUUGCAAGUUUAACUGGGGUCAUAUACCAUCUAUAAAUCAUUUUCAUUACAUUUUCUUUCAGAGCGUUACAUGCAGUAAAUUUCAAUCCAUUACUCCACAACUUUUCCCAGUCCUCAAACAUAAUAUUAUACCCAAUGUCCUGUGCCCACCUUAUCAUAGCCGAUUUAACCAUUUCAUCUUGUGUAUUCCAUUCCAACAGCAAGUUAUACAUCCUUGAAAGUACCUUAGUCUUUGGUUCUAACAAUUCUGUUUCUAAUUUCGAUUUCUCCACCUGGAACCCUAGUUUCUUAUCAUUUUUAAAAACUUCUUUAAUCUGAGCGUAAUGUAACCAAUCUCGCACUUUGUCUUUCAUUUUCUCCAAACUCUGCAAUUUCCAAUUGUCUCCAUCUUUUCUAGUAUUUCCCAAUAUUUUGGCCAUUUAGCCUCCAUAUUGGGUCUUUUCGGGCCUUAGCUUCCAAAGGUGAAAGCCACCUUGGUGUUUUAUUUUCCAGCAAGUCUUUAUAUUUUGUCCAGACAUUAAACAAUGAUUUUCUGACAAUAUGGUUCUUGAAGGCCUUAUUUGCUUUAACUUUGUCAUACCAUAAAUAUGCAUGCCAUCCAAAAACAUUAUUAAACCCUUCCAAAUCCAACACAUCAGUGUCUUCAAGAAGUAGCCAGUCUUUUAGCCAGCAGAACGCUGCGGCUUCAUAAUACAACUUUAAGUCCGGCAGGGCAAAGCCCCUCUUUGUUUUGCAUCAGUUAAUAUCUUAAACUUGAUUCUGGGCUUUUGCCCUGCCAGACAAACUUCGAAAUAUCUCUCUGCCACUUCUGAAAGCACUCCGUUUUGUCCAAAACCUGAAGUGUUUGAAAUAAAAACAACAUCCUUGGCAAUACAUUCAUCUUAAUAGCAGCAAUUCGGCCUAACAAAGAAAGUUUCAAUUUUGACCAACUGUCUAAGUCUCUCUUAAUUUCUGUCCAACAUUUUUCAUAGUUAUCCUUAAAUAGACUUAGAUUUUUGCUGUUAUGUUUACCCCUAGGUAUUUUACUUUUUAACCACAAGAAGUUCCGUCUCAUUCUGAAACCGUUCUGACUCUGUAUCAGUCAAAUUUUUCCCCAAAACCUUAGUUUUCUGUUUAUUUAAUUUAAAUCCCGCCACCCGACCAAAAUCAUUAAUCAAUUGUAAUACUCUUUUCGUACUGGGCUCUGGCUUCUGCAAGGUCAAAACCAGGUCAUCUGCAAAAGCUUUUAGUUUAUAUUGUUUCUGACCAACCUGAAUUCCUUCAACCAACCGAUCCCCUCUAAUCAUGUUCAGUAGCACUUCCAGAACCGAAAUAAAUAACAAAGGGGAGAUAGGGCAACCUUGUCGUGUCCCUUUUUCAAUUUUGAACUCUUCUGUGACCACAUUAUUAACUAUCAGUUUAGCUUUCUGUUCUGAAUAUAUCGCCUCAAUCCCAUUCUCAAAACCCCGUCCCACUCCCAUCUCUUUUAAAUUUCCCAUCAUAAAUUUCCAGGAAAUAUUGUCAAAGGCCUUCUCCGCAUCUAUGAAAAUUAAAACUGCUUUUGUAUUUAUAUCUGUUUGCAGAAGUUCCAAGAUGUCAAUAAUGUUCCUUGUGUUAGCAAACAGAUGUCUACCUGGGAGAAAACCGGCCUGGUCCUUAUGAAUUACUUCAUUUAAUACUUUUUAAAUCUACUUGCCAAAAUAUCUGCAAAUAUUUUGUAAUCCACAUUUAAAAGAGAGAUGGGACGGUAGUUCUUCAGUUGUGUCUUUUCAGCUUCUGACUUUGGUAUUAAUGUGAUGAACGCUUCCUUCCACGAAUCCGGUGCCCUCUUCCCCUCCAUAAUUUCAUUGCAGACCUCCAUCAAGGGUUGUAUCAAAUAGUCUUUUAAUGUCUUAUAAUACUUGGAGGUCAGCCCAUCUGGCCCUGGAGAUUUGCCAAGUUGCAUGUUCUGAAUAGCUUGUUCAAUCUCCUGUCGUGUUAUUUUAGAGUUCAGGAUUGUCCUGUUUUCUUGUGACAAUUUAGAUAAUCCAUUUUUGGCAAAAAUUGUUUAAUCUCAACUUCGUCUUGCGGCCCUUGGGUGUAUAAUUUUUAAAAUAUCUCUGGAAACACUUUCUAAUAUCCACUGGAUUCUGAAUGUUUUUCCAUCAACCUCUAAGUUUGUAACCGUGUUUAAUCUUUGUCUUCUCUUCAACUGCCAAGCUAGCAGUUUUCCACAUUUAUUCGCCGACUCAAACGUUUUUGUUUCAUUAAUUUAACCUUCCAUUCAAUUUCCUGAUUUAUCAAUUUAGAAUAUUGUGUUUGAUAGAGUUUAAUUUCUCUCAGAGUUGGCUGUGACUUUGGAUUCGCUCUUAAUUUCUUCUCUAAUUCUUUUAAUUUGUCCAAGAUCUUAUCUUUUUCUCAUUUUGUGUUCUUUUCUUUACUACAUUCUGUUGUAUCAAGAAUCCCCUCAUUACAGCUUUGCUUGCGUCCCAGACAAUUCUUUUUCCACCGAAUUGUUCAUGUUUAUCUCGAAAUAGUCCUUCAAAACUUUUUGGGCCUUCUUGGUAAUUUCCUGAUCUCUAAACAAAUUGUCAUUCAUCUUCCAUCUAAAGGAUCCAGUUGGUAGUAGUGUCAUAUCCAUCUUUACUGCAUUAUGGUCAGAGCAGGUCUUUGGGCAGAUUUCCACUUUUCUGACCUUAGGUGCCAGGCCUCUGGAAAUCCAUAUUUGGUCGAUUCUUGUCCAGGUCAGUUGGGCUUCAGAAAAGAAUGUUCCUUCUCUACCUAGUGGGUUCUUUGUCCUCCAAAUGUCAAUCAAAUCCAUAUUGUCAGUCAUUUCAAAAAAAGUUUAGGUAGUCUGCCGUCUUUUGUAACAUUUUGACUUUGUGACUUGUCCAUGUUAGUUGACACGACCCCGUUCAUGUCUCCCAUCAUUAUGAUGUUGUUGUAAUCCAGAUAUUCCAGCAUUGUCCCCUGCAGCUUCUUGUAAAAUUCCGAUUUCCCUUCAUUAGGUGCAUAGAUUCCUAAUAUCAGCAGUUUCUCUCCUUGAUAUUGUAUCUCAAUGGCCAAAAUUCUUCCAUGUUCAUCUUUAGAUAAGAAUUUAGGUGACAGGCUCUCUUUUGCAUAUAUCACCACGCCUCUCUUCUUAACUUUGUCCGACGAAACAAAUUCCUGGCCCAAUCUUUUAUUUAUUAACACUUUUCUGUGGAGCCUCGUCACAUGUGUUUCUUGUAAACAGAUAAUGUCCAAUUGUUCUUUUUUAAUAUAUGAAAUAUUUUCUUCCUUUUUCCGGAAUGUUACAACCAUUAAUGUUCCAACUCAGCAAUUGCAGAGACAUCCUGGAUCUAUCUGGUUAUUUCUCCAGGGGUGGUGUCUUCUCUGGAUCUUCAGGUUCCCCAGGUGCUGGUGUUAAUGCUGGCUUUGCCCCAGGCCCAGAAGGUAAUUCAAUUCCUUUUUGAAGGUCCUCUCCGUAUGUAGCCAAAAAUUUGUCUCUCUCUUCCAAUGUUCUAACUUUGACCUUUCUCCCUUUAAAGGUGAAAGAUAUUCCUUGGGGAAAUUCCCACCUGAAUGGAAUUGCGUUGCUCCUUAGUAGUUUAGCAAGCUCAGAAUAGGCGGCUCUAAGAUCCAGCAGUUGUCUUGGAAUAUCUUUAUAGGUUUUAAACUGCCUCUCCAGGGAGAGCCAAGCAAUGCACAGGGUGUUGAUACUGCUAUCUAUGCCUAGGGCUGGGAGAGGGGACCCAAACAGAGUUUGAAGGGCUUCUUGCUGAUGCUAAUUGGCAACUUGACUUAAGAUUUCCCACAAGAAAUGUGUGGGUUCCAAUACACUUGCAGAGAGAAGUUCCUUCCCAGUUCAGCAUAAUUGAAAUCCAAGGCUAUUACAUUAUGCAAAAACAGGGGGGGGGGUGUUAAUUGCCACUUCUGUGUUUUAUUAUUACUCAGUUCUAAAGAGCUUUUUGGCAUGCAAAGAACUCUGGAAUUUGGACAUCUUCAUUUGGAGCUCAGUGGGACUUACUCUGAAGGAAAGUGCACAUGAAAUUGCUGCCUUAGUUGUGUUUGCUUUAGUAAGCCUAUCAUGUCUUGCUCUAUCUAUCUAUGACACAGAACUGAGACAUGAUGGCUUGCCCAACACAUGACCACUCACCUACCUUGAGGAAACUGAGUUCAGUUUUACCAUGCUUUUAGCUGGGUGCAAAAGUCAAACCAGGAAAAGGUCAGGAUUUAAGGCGGCCUUAAAGCAGGGAAAGGGAACAGGCACCAGAGAUGGGUUCUGCAUACAGGGAACCAAGCUUUGAGGGUAGGACUUCAUAGGGCCUAGUAUACAGGGAGUUGCUCCUGGGGUCAGCUGCCAAAAUGCUCUGGCGGGUUGGGCUUGCAGUGAAAGGUGGUUUCCUCAAAGAACAGAGCUCAUUCUGUCAGAACAGUAGGAUUUUGAUUACCAUUUGCUGGAAACUGCCUGGGUUUCUACCACACAACACACACACACACACACACACACACACACACACUCAUAUGCCCUUACUCCUAACAACUUUCAAAUUGUGGCUGAGUCUGGCAGAAUUCUACUGCUUAAUUCCCUCUUUAUUUGCAUUGCGAAGUCACAUCGUUCCCUCGAAUGUUGUGGCGAUUAAUAAUUUCAAUGGAGCUCUGCAUGGCAGGUCGUUAAGAGCAAGAGCAGCCAGCCGCAGGCUCCGUGCCUGGCAUAGCAUUUGGCUAUGUUCUGACAGUUGUUAUAAAGUACGGGUUCUGAGCAUGCCGGGUUGGUGUCUGAAUUCGUGUCUGUUAGUGCUGAAGGUUAUUUAUGGGUCUCAUGCAUCGAGAGUGAGUCAUCCUGUAACUGUGCUUUUCCAGAUGGAAUUUCAGCUGGGAUUUUUCCUCUCAAAAGUCAGGGGAUCCUUCACUUGACAGUCUUGAGAAAUGCAGCCAUUGAGCCAAAUCCUAAACCCUAAAAAAUGAAAGCCAUUUAACUGAGCAUAUGUUUAAAUAUAUUAUAUAUUAUUACACAUUCCUCACUUGCUACAGUUCUGCUAUAUGUGAGUACUGUGCUAUGCAUGUUCUCUCAGAUGUAAGUCCCUUUGUGCUCUUUAAAUCCACAGUUUUCUGGUUCAGAAGUUACAGGAAACUGUGGCUUAACCACAGUCUCUCCCUUGAAGUCAUGUAAAUGAAGGGGAGGGAAGUGAGUGUGAAAGCGCAAGGCAUGUACUGAAUCCAAAAAGGCCAGGGUUUGUUGCAUCUGAACCAGUCUCACUUUCUGCGCACUCACGAUUCACACCACAGAUUUAGAUACCUGAAUGGAGAGCAUUUUUUUACUUCCUUGUUUGCUUUUUGCUGGUUGGCUGAGCAGCUGUAGAGUAUUUUAGUAACAUUCAAGAGGGUUUUCCUAGGGGCUUUUGACUUUCGGUGGAGGGUGUCAAAAUUCUGUGGUCGGGAAUGCAUAAGAAAUUUCCCCACAGGAAUCAGUGGAAAUCAUUGACUUGUUAUGCAAAUGCUUGCCUAAUGAAUGAUUUCUAGGGAACGCAUUGUGUUUGAAAAGCAAGAUCUGUGUGCAUUUGCUUUAAUUGCAGAUGUACAAGUGGGGCAUAAGUGGAGGCGAACAGCCAGUCCUACAAGGCUCAGGAUCUCCCAGAGGGGGACUUGGGGCAACCAUCCAAGGCUGCACUCUCAGUUUCAGAAAACUACAGCUAGAAAUUCUAGCAAAGAGAGAAAUAGGGGAGAGAAUGUGGCAGUUUUUUUGGGAGAGGGGAAGCACCAUGGCCCUCUCACUUCCUUAAGAGCUGAUGGUGAUCAUUUCCAGUGUUUAAUUGCUUAAAAACUAGCUGAUUUAUUGUGGCGUGAAUUUGACUCUAGUCCAUUAAAGAAAGGGGGCUACCUUGGCAUCCUGGUAUAAGAAGGUAUGGCAAAUAGACUUACUUGGGAAAUGUAAACAAAAGCUACAUAUAGCAUGAGAGAAAACACAAAGCCACAUUAUUGGCUACAUGGUGGAGAUUUAUUACUUUUACAAAUCACUCUGACAAACAACAGAAAGAUUCCUAAAGUGCUUUCUGAUUUGUGGGUUUCAUAAACCUUUAUUUGUCUAUUACAUUAACUGUAACUCUUAACCUGAUGACUGUAUAUGGAAUCGCAUGUGUGGGUGCCACUUCCACAAUUUUGCGACGUGUCAUAUUUUUACUUUGCAUUUCUUUGUAUUAUCUUCCUCCUUGUUCUACUUUGGGAGGGGAAAGGUGCAAGAAAAAAUACCUUUCUCAGCCAUCCUGAAGAUGCAGAGGAACACAAAAUGACCCCUAGCUAGAUUGAUCAUUUUUUUGCAACCCACCUUUCCAAAUGCACGAGGGUAGCUAAUAAUAAAAGCAUAAGACUGUAAAUUGACCAACUGCAUCUUAGAAAGGAGAAACAACGUCAUUGCAAGGUCCUACUAGAGGACAAAAGAGGAGCUUACUUGGAGAGGCUUUCUCUGUGGUAUGUUGCUCCUAGGUUAUGAAAGGCUUUACAAGCCAAACAUCAUUGCACAAAAUCAGCCCACCUUACAAAUCUUUUAUUCCACAUGAAGCUGCUCCCUGCCUCUUUGAUCUCCCUGGAUGUGCUUUAUUGGCCUAUCCUUUUAUAGAGUCUGCCACGAGAUGUAUUCCUAGGGAGGCUAAAGUGAAGUUGAUGCCCAGUGUUGUUGCAGCAUUUUAAUAGCCAGGAAGGAAAGAAAGAAGGGAGCAAAGUAAUGAAGCUCAGCAAUGGCAGAUUAACCUGGGAACAUUGGAGCAGGGAGAGGGAAUUGAGUUGUAAGGACUUUUCAGGAGCAGCAGCAGUAAAACCCUCAGCAGGAAGAGAAACCCGAAGAAUGGAAUAUGGUGCAAGGGAAAAGAAGUUGAGAAAAGUGGGUUGAGGCUUAAACAACAGACCUGAAUCAGGAUGCAACCAUUUUUUUCCUAAAUCUUAUCAAGUUUCAUUGCAGUAAAUUUUCAGACCUUCUUGUACUAGGUCAUUUUUGUUUCCCGUAAAACCUGAAUCAAGCAAAUGACCUGUUUGUGUUGGUGCUGACCUUUAAAGCCCUAAACGGCCUCGGUCCUGUAUACCUGAAGGAGCGUCUCCACCCCUAUCAUUCAGGCCGGACACAGGUCCAGCGGCAAGGGCCUUCUAGCGGUUCCGUCGCUGCGAGAAGUGAGGUUACAGGGAACCAGGCAGAGGGCCUUCUUGGUAGUGGCACCCGCCCUGUGGAACGCCCUCCCAGCAGAUGUCAAGGCAAUAAACAACUAUUUUACUUUUAAAAGACAACAGAAGGCGGCCCUGUUUAGGGAAGUUUUUAAUGUCUGACACUGUAUUGUUUUUAAUAUUCGGUUGGAAGCCGCCCACAGUGGCUGGGGAAACUCAGCCAGAUGGGCAGGGUAUAAAUAAAUUAUUAUUAUUAUUAUUAUUAUUAUUAUUAUUAUUAUUACUGUUUAUGUAGCCGUUCCUUAUACAGUAGGGUAGAGGUGAGCAGCCUUUGUCCUGGGGGCUCAGUGUGGCCCUUAGGGCCUCUCUGCCUGGCCCACAUCUCUCACUGACCCUGCUUCAUGUCUGAAGGUGUUCUUGAACUCUGAUAGUGCCUCUGACUUUUCUGGCUGAAGCAGAGGAAGGGGGGAGUGUGAGCGUGUGCAGAAACUAGCCAGUGUGCAGUAACUGGCCUGUACAAAGGUAAAGAUUUACGCUCAGUUCUCUGUCCGUUUUUGCUUCUGGCCCCGCCCACCCCAGGCAGGUUGGAAAGUUGCCCAGAAGGAAAUGCAGCGCUUGGGUGAAAAAGGUUCCCCACGCUUGUAAGUAGAGGAAUGUUACAGGUGUGUUGCUCAUAUCCGGUAGUCCUGUUUUUAAUCUGUUAGCAACCUUAUAGAUUCCCACUAUCAGUUCCAGAGGUGGUUUAUGGAGCUGCUGCAGAGCAAUGAGACCUUGAGGGCUCUUAGACUACAGUUCCCAUCAGCCCCAGCCAGCAUGGCCCACGGUUGGAUAUGGAUGAUGGGAUAUGUAGUCCCAACAAUGUCUGAAAGGGGGGGCGGUAUCAGGUUAGGGAAGGUUGGCGUAAGCCAGAGGUCAGCAAACAUUUUCAACAGGGGGCCGAUCUACUGUCCCUCAGACCUUGUGGGGAGCCGAACUAUAUUUUUGGGAAGAAAAAAAAAUGAACGAAUUCCUAUGCCCCACAAAUAACCCAGAGAUGCAUUUAAAGAAAAGCACACAUUCUACUCAUGUAAAAACACCAGGCAGGCCCCACAAAUAUCCCAGAUAUGCAUUUUAAAUAAAAGGACACAUUCUACUCAUGUAAAAACACUGAUUCCUGGACCAUCUGCGGGCCAGAUUUAGAAGGCGAUUGGGCCGGAUCCGGCCCCUGGGCCUUAGUUUGCCUACCCAUGGUGUAAGCUAUUUUGGAUUUGGAGGUAGAAGAGAUUUUUCUGUCCUCAGGGUGCCUUUUUGGAGCUAAGAUGUCACGCGUUGCCCAGGAAACAAAGAAGGGUGUUUUCAGCUGGAUGAGACCCUCUCUGAUACAUCUGGAAGAUGCUUGGUGUUAUCACCUCCUUAGGCAGUGUGCAGCACUAAGAGAAAGUUUUGGAAGAGCAGGGGAGAUUCAGCCUGUAGGAGAGGGUUUCCUUGGUUACAGAGAUGAGCAAAUGACGUGAAGGUGUCCUGGGGAGUGCUGGCUUCAGUAUUUAAUCUCUGUUUUCCCAGUUGGGGAAGAGAUGCAAAUAAAGUCCCCUGACAGCACCAGGAACUCAUUAUUAUAAUACUAAACGCUGGAAGGGACUUUUGAACAGCCUCAUUUUGACAGGGGCAUUCUAUGGAAGUUGCUUCUCAAGCAGGGAUUCACAUUUUGAACCUGCCCCAUGCCCCAACCUCAAGUACUCACUCCUCCUUUGAUUCUUACCAGCUCUCUUCUUGGAUUGGUGUGGGAGCAAGAUACUCCUGAGAAGGAUUUUUCGUUUGCUCCUCUACUACCACUGCUGAAAUGGCAAUGCCAAAAGAUGUACGCCUUUUGUCAUAGCAAUUCAGGAGGGAGGGCGUGGAGUUUGUUGCUUUGUUUCUUAGAUUGGAAUAACUUUCCUGCUUGCUCACCUGGAGUUGAUUUUUGCUCUCUGCAGGCGACCAGCAAUUCAUGUGCUUGAUUCUAGUUACGUGUCUUGAUUUCUGUUUAAGACUGGGAUAAUUUUCCUGCCUGCUCACCUGGGGUUGAUUUCUGCUCUCCGCAGGCGACCAAGCGAGUGACAGAUUUAACAUGCUUGGUUUUAGUCACAUGUCUUGUAGCCCAAGUGCCCAGCUUGCAAGCUUCUACUGUUCUUCUGUCUCGUCGGUAUCUGGCUUUCGUAUUGUUCGGGAACACUCACAGCAGCAAUCUGCUAGAACCAAAAACAAAAAAACCCCAGGCUCUUUAGUUAUAAAAAGAUGGGAGGUGCAGAGUGACUGGGUGUUCUGAAUUUCAACCAAGAUCAAAGAUUUAAUGAAAGCACACUCAGUGUGGGUGUUAUUUUUAGAGCAUUGCAAAAAAGAUUCUGAAUCCUUCAUUCUCAUUAACUCAGGGGUGCUCCAUCCUAAUGGAAUCCUGACAGCCCAGGGGGACAAAGUGAGAGACAGUUAUAAUUUCUAGAUUUGAGUCUUUAAUUUGUACUUAACUCUGCUGUUUUUGUAAAGUGGGGGGUUGGGGGAGUGACUUUGCUGCAGCCUUCAGCGACUCGAGCAGCUCACGAGUCUGCAGGUGGGUGAUGAGUUCAAUGGAUAUUGGCUUCCAACUUUAAUUUGGCUUUGUUGGAUUAAUUAGGCAAGGACAGAGAAAGCUAAUGGGCAUCAUGGUCAAAGCAUUGAUACUUUGGACAGUGGUGGAACUGAGGAAGGGGCUGGGCUGGGGUGGAGACGGGGUUGGCUUACCUAGUUAUUACUAUCUUGGAGUCUCAGUACUUAACUUUUUGCUUGUGGGUUUUUAAAAUUAUAAUAUUUAUUGAGUUUUCAUAUGCUCAGCAACACAAACUACAUUGCCACAGUCAAAACUUCCAAGUGGUCAUUUCCCCUACAUGUCACACCUGCUGCAGAGAGCCAUAAAACACAAACAUGUCCAAAGCAUGCAUUUACAUAUCAUUACGACGAGAAAACCCACCAAGGAAAGCUAGAAAGUCCAUUAUUACAGAUUGCAAAAUCCAAAGAGGCAAGCAAGAGGUACCCUGCUGAACACUUAAGAGAGAGCAACUAAUAUCUAAAAUAACCAACCUGACACAUUGGGUUGGAAUAGUUCUAUUAUUGUUCCUGUAACCAAGUGAAUUCGAUAAAUGAGUACCUAAGCCCAACAAAUAGCUUGCAUUUUCUUUGACCUCCUGAUCAUCUUGUACACAAGCUUCUCAAAUAGAGCUACUCUCCAAACCCACUAGUACCAAUAAUCAAGAUGCGAGAAUUUGAAGUCCUUCCAAGAUUCCCUAGUCAUAGUUUGAGCUGCUAGAAGAAGACGGGAGAUCGAUUCUCAGUUCUUCGGGUCUUUAUCUAGCUCUUCAAAUAAACUCAGUAACGCAAGUCUAAGAGAUGCUAUUCGGUUUUGCUUCUCUAUUUUAGAAAUCUCUCAUUCAGCACUAACAUUUUACUAGUGGUAGGUGAUUUUUUUUUUUAAAAAAAUACUUUAUCUAAAGAUUUGCACGCACAUCCCUUCAAUGUUUGUAUGCACACCAUUAAACAGGCUGCUUUCUAAAAGGGAGGACUGAUGGGAGCUAGGGGAUAAUGGCAUCUAGUGGGAUACCUUUGCUUUAGAACAGAGCAGCCAUCAGAAAGCUCUGUACAGCUUUGUUGUCUCUGCCAUCACUAAUGAUGCCUGACUUCAGAUUGGUUUGAAUGCCAGGCAGCACCAGGGGGCACGGUGUCUGCUUGGCAUUCGGUUUGUGGAUUUUAACUGAUACUCUGCAGGCAGCACCAUGAAAGCCUCUCUACUUCGUGCACCGAGGAGAGAAAGAGGGAAAUAGUGGCGUUGGUGUCCAUAUUUUGGUGGUCCAUUCUGUCUUCAUGCCACCAUUGGUGCGUUUUUCAUCUGGCACUGGCAGCAAACUGCUGACUCAUCGUUCUGUCCUUGGAUGACUGCUAAAUUCUGGUCAGUUGCAUAUGAGACAGGGGUGGUGUGAGGGGGAAACCAGGGUGUGAUCACGAAGGAGCCAGGUGCAGAGCUGUUGGUUCUGAGCAGUGUGUUCUGAGCUGGGGCUAGGCACUUGCCAUUCCAGGAAGGCUGCCUGGUGUUUCUCUGCAGUGUGCAAAAGGAUUGCCUUUCACCAGCUGGGCUCAGCAAGCUGUACUCCCUUGCUAAAAACAAUUGCAGUUCCGCACCCAGACAAUCCAAAUUCUGGAAGCUGUUUUAAGUUAUGCCAAUCAAACAAUCUUCAUUCUGAGUUUUCUAUUGAUACAUGAGUGAAUGGAAUUCCACACCCCACCCCAGAAAUUUAAUAUGGAGCCUGAGGAGGAGGAUAAUGUCCACCCCACAAAUCAUCCACCCCCAGGUCUUAAGGCAGCACUCCACACAAUACCUAUGCCCUAUCAGCCCAACUUUCAUUUAAAAAGAAAGGCAGAUAGUGAAAUGGAGAGGGUGGGUCUGUGUUCUCGGUGCCAAGAUGUCUGCAUUAUCUUAAGUGCUAAAGCCAAACAGCUAGAGAGCAAACUCAGAUAAUUGCAGAGUUGGAAGUAUUUUGGAGGCCAUGUAGACCAGGAAUGGGGAACCUUUGGCCCUCCAGAUGUGGCUGUACUACAUCUCCCAUCCUUCUUGGCCAUUGAGCAUGCUUGCUUGGCCUGAUGGGAGUUGGAGUUCAGCAGCAUCCAGAGGGCCAUAGGUUCCCCACUCCUGAUCCAGAUCAACACUCUGCUUAAUGCAGGAAAUCCGUGGCCAGAGCGCCCCACCAACAGGUGCCAGUUCUGCUGUCCUGCUUUGUGGUGCUGCAAGGCUCGACCAGGUUCAGGCUGGACGCAAGGCAAGGUGGCUCAGGCAGGGCACAGACUGGCUCCAAGCCUGUGCUUGGGGGACUAUAAAGCUCUGAAGUUGCUCAAACUGAACAGCAGCACCAGAUGUAGCCUAAUAGUUACCAGCACCUUUGCUGCAGGAUGCUCCUCUACUUGAAGAGGCCCAGCCUUCUCUUGCGAUCUUCUGCAGUGGAGUCUUGGGAGGCUUAGGGCUUCCAUUAUCUUCUACAGUGGAGUCACGAGGACGGCGGUGAAAGCCACUGGCCUCACAGGUUCAUUGGGUUGCAGCACUUUUGGGGCUCCCCCUGCAUGCCGUUCAGAUUCAGAGUCCUCACCUCCGGAACAGGAACUUUACUCCUUCCCUCUUCCCUGUGCACACAUCUCAUGCCUCCAGGCCACAAACCUGCUGUUGGCCCUUUAUGCUCGUGGGGGGGGGGGUAUUUGAAUGAAGGCACGGAGUAUCUCAGGCUGGCCUCUGUUAUACCCUCUUGCAUGCUCCUCACCCCUAGUGUCAGAGGGAUGCAUUUUACAGCUCAACAGGUUGCUCCCUGAGCCAGAUGGUUGGACUUGCCCAGCAAUUCAGCAUGGAAGAACAAAGCAACGGAGGUGUUGAUCAAGAAUGGCUGGCCUCUCAUGAAAAUACUGUAGGUCCCUUUGCCAGGGAGUCGGAGGACAGAACACGCCGUGCUUACCAGUUGUCUUCCCACCCCUAAACAGCAGGGCUGAAUUUAGAGGAAUUAACAAAACCCAUAACAGCUCUGAGAGGAAGGCAGCACGAUUUGAAGGUCUCUAUAGUGGCGAUUUGCAACAUAUCGUUGCAGUGCGGAGCACUUCCUGUCCAGGAUUCAAGGCAUUUCAUUCUUGCUUUUGCCCCCUCUCCAGUGGAGGCAAUAGUAGAUGGGGUACUGGUGCAGGAUAGGACCCUCUCCAUAGUGGCAGUUAGUCAUUAUUUCUGCUUUAAGGUGCAUUGAGCACCACCAUUUCUGGUUUUUCAGCACUGAUUAAAGACAUACCUCUUUGCUCAGGCUUUUGGAGAACACUAGGUUUUAUAGCCAGUUGCUGUCAAGGUACAGAAUACAGUGUUGCUUGUGUAAUUAAAAAAUACAGAUAUAGAUAUAUAUAUAUAGAUAUAUAUAUGAAUAUAUGGAGCAGCACAGGAAGACCGUCCGGAAACCAUUUUUACUCCCAAACUGACCAAAUGUUUUCUCUGCAAGGAGGGAGGGGGUGAGGGAACCUUCCCAUUGUCUCAGGAAUUGGGAAAUCACCAUUUCAAAGGAAUGGCCAGACUACCAGGAAAGGCAAUCAAAUAAGGCAUUAUCAGAUAACCUGACAGACAGGAAAACAUUCAAAUUUCUGUUGUAGACCACCUCUUCUGUGAUGUAGGUAUGAUGUUUGUGGGGGGUGGUCUUGGGUUACACCCCUUCUGUGAUGUAUGUAUGAUGUAUGGGGGGGUGGUCUUGAGCUCCAGGGCAGGGAAUUUAAAAUGGCAGGCACACCUUUGUUCUGGGUCCUCCUCCAUCCUUCUGCGUGUGAGGGGAGCACCCUGUUGCAACAGCUUUAAUAAAGAUCAGGCUUACUAGCUGCUUUGCUUCUCAAUAUUCUCUGGUUGGCCUCUGUUAUUUUCUCCUACCAAUAGGGAACCCACGUAAGGACUCUAUACAGGCUCUUGGAUACCCCAUAAGGGAAAAAGGGCAGAUUUUGUUUACAACACUUGUUGUAUAACUUAAUUACUUGAAGAGAUGCUGUGUAUGUUUUCCAGUGUUUUAUUGCACUGUAUGUUAUCCGGUGCUCACCUGCUUGGUUCCUAUCUGUCUGUGAGGAAAUAAAUACAUGAAUAUUAAUGUUUCAAUUUGAUGUCUGUAUUGUAAUUAUUUUUAAGUGUGCUAAAUUUAAGUUUGCAUACUUCUGACAUGGUUUACAAAACGUAAAAAUGGGUUGCACAGCAUUGUUACAAUAUAGAAUAAUUAAAACAACACCACAGUUAAAAGAAACAGCUAAAAACUCAGCUAAAGGCCAGCAAAUUAAUUGUGGCAUGGAGCGUUAGCAUUAAAGGGCAGGGGAUCAUUCUGUGACUGACUCUUUUGCUCAAAUAAACUCCUGUCUUGGUUUUUGGACUCUGGGAAGCUGAUGUAAGAGGGUGGGUGUGGGUGUGUGUGUGUGUGUGUGUGUGAGAGAGAGAGAGAGAGAGAGAGAGAGAGAGAAAUUACAUAUUAAUUUAUUCCCACAGUGAAAUCCUAUACCUGUCUACUCAGUAGUAAUUCCCACUCAUUUUAAUGCGGCUUACUCCUGGGCACAUAUAUGAUUACAGCCUAAGGCUGAAAGAAGGAUUUAUGCAAAUAUAUCCGGUUUGUGUAAUAUACUGUAUAUAGGUAAUAGAAUUCAACUUCUCCCACAGCAAAUUCAGGUUUACUUGAAAUGUUGUCUUUCAGUUGGGGUCCUUCUGCCCUCCCACGACUCUGUGCCAUUCUCUUUGUUCGGCCUUUGCCAACAUGAUGCCCUCCAAGUGUUUUGGGCUACAACUCCCAUCAGGACGGCUGUACUCGUUGUGGCUGAAGGGAGUCGUAGUCCAAAUUAUAUAGAGGGGACCAGAUGGACAAAGGCUUUUUGUGUAACUGUGGGUGGAAGAAGUUCUGGGGUCAACACAAUGCAGCUGAAGAGGAACUGACCUUUACCGUCUUGCUUCUCUCUCCCCUUCCAGGGUUCCACGUGAUUCCAACCAUUUCCAGUAUAGUUCCAGAGAGCUGCUUACUGAUUGUUGUAGGGCUGCUGGUCGGGGGGCUCAUCAAAGCUGUGGGAGAGACCCCUCCAAUCCUAGAGUCGGACGUCUUUUUCCUCUUCCUGCUCCCGCCCAUCAUCUUGGAUGCCGGCUACUUCCUCCCCUUACGCCAGUUCACAGAGAACCUGGGCACCAUCUUGAUCUUCGCCGUGCUGGGGACGUUGUGGAACGCCUUCUUUGUGGGCUCGCUGAUGUACGCCGUGUGCCAGAUCAACGGCACCGGUUUGCAGGACACCGAACUCCUGGCUUGCCUGCUUUUUGGAAGCAUCAUCUCGGCAGUGGACCCUGUUGCCGUGCUGGCUGUGUUUGAGGAGAUCCACAUCAACGAGCUGCUGCACAUUUUGGUGUUCGGCGAGUCUUUGUUGAAUGAUGCGGUCACUGUGGUAAGUGAAAUGGACCGUAAGUUGGAACAUGUGCCAGCUGCCUCAGGUUUUGGAUUUGGGGCUCUGUUUAAGGUGGAAGGAUAGGAAGCAGAUCUGAUCCCUAGGGCACUAUCCGUCAAGCGCCACACAAACGGGUUGGCACAAGAAUGGGAAUGUAGGGUUGUAUCCAGAGUAGUGCUACAUGACUUGUUCCAUCGGCUCAAGGACUUCUGCAGUGGAACUUUCCCUUCUUUUCUCCCCUUGUGCACCCCCUAAAUCAGUUCUAGGGGUUCUCCCAACCCUCCGGAACAGAUUUGGGGAUGUGUGUGUAGGAUAUUUCAUUGCACAAGCAUAAAUACCGUAUUUUUUGCUCUAUAAGAUGCACCAGACCACAAGACGCACCCAGUUUUUGGAGGAGGAAAACAAGGAAAAAAAUAUUCUAAAUCUCAGAAGCCAGAAUAGCAAGAGGUGAAAGCAGCAAUCCCUCUUGCUGUUCUGGCUUCUGGGAUAGCUGCGCAGCCUGCAUUCGCUCCAUAAGACACGCACACAUUUCCCCUUACUUUAUAGGAGGGAAAAAGUAAGUCUUAUAGAGCAAAAAAUACGGUGCUUGUGCAAAAGGAACGAGUACUUUGCAUACCACCCUUGGUAUGUUGGUCAAGGUACACAGUCCGCCUUUGUCUCCAAAACUGAUCACGUAUAUGCCAUGGAAUUUUGCAGGAAGGGUGUGAUGUAGUUGGAGCAACAAAUGUACAUGCUAUCUUUGAAUAUUAGGUUGGUUUUUACACACACACACCCAUCCUUCUCUGUCCUCCACCCAAGCAAGUGAAAGGCAUUAUCAGAGGAAGCGCGUGGUCUAGUUUGCUGAAAAUCACUUUUGUUUGCAAAGCAGGGGUGGUGAGGGGCUUGGUCUGGAGAAGCGGGGUAUCUGGGGAGGGGUUGUAGCAUGGGGAACAGUCCUGAGGGUCAGAUAGUGUGGCUUGGAGGGCUACCUCCGACCCCUGGGCUCUACCUCUGCCGUAUACUGUAAGGCAAAGUCUCUUAAGAAUGACCUGGAUGUAAACUGGAUGAUCAGCCAGGGCAUGAUUUCCACUUUGCCGGUGAGGAAUUGCUGUCAGCAAAUGGCUGAGAAUGAAGAAGCAGUUGUGCCUUUGCUGUAGCUCUUGUGUUGGUCUGGUUGCAAGAUACCGAUACCCUUCUGCCUGUAGAGAAGGGGAAGGGCUGUAGCUCAGUGGGGAGCAUCGGCCUUGCAGGGAGAAGGUCCCAGGUUCAAUCCCUAGAUUCUCCAGGCAAGACCCCCCCCCCAACUCUGAAACCUUGGAGAGCUGCUGCCAGAAGAAGAAGAAGAGUUUGGGUUUGAUAUCCCGCUUUAUCACUACCCGAAGGAGUCUCAAAGCAGCUAAUAAUCGCCUUUCCCUUCCUCCCCCACAACAAACACUCUGUGAGGUGAGUGGGGCUGAGAGACCUCAAGAAGUGUGACUAGCCCAAGGUCACCCAGCAGCUGCAUGUGGAGGAGCGGAGAAUCGAACCAGGUUCACCAGAUUACGAGUCUAUCGCUCUUAACCACCACACCACACUGGCUCUCUUGCCAGUCAGUGUAGACAUUAAUAAACUAGCUGGAGCAACAGUCUGGCUCUGUAUAAGGCAGCUGCCUGUGUUCCAGUGCUAGGGCAGUUAUCUUGCAUGCAAAAGUUCCCAGGCUCAAUCCCUGGCAUCUCCAGGUAGAGCAGAAGAGGCUCUCUGGCUGAAGCCCUUGGGUGCCAUUGCCAGUCUGUGUAGAUGUUACUAAGCUUGAAGGCCCAAUGUCUGACUUGCUGUAAGGCAAUGUCCUAGGUUCCUGUGCCACAUUUGAUGCUCCCUGCUCUUUGCGGGGGUGGGGGAGAGCCUUUGGGGGACAUGCAGCUUCCCACAUCUCGCCUUAUUGCCUGCCAAACAUGUGAUCUGGCAGGGACAGAGGAGAGCCAAGCUGGGACUGAAGAGAAGAGAGAGAAUGUAGCUCUCUCCAGCUACAAACAUUCAGGCUUGCACACCUGGUGGGAUUUGUGUGUGCUUAAAUUGUCAAUGGGCAUCGCCUUGCCAUGCCUUCCGUUGCUGAGGCAGAUGAGGAUUUUCACCUCACCCAUCAGAAAGCACUUGAAAGUGCAGGGGGAAGGAGGGCGUCAGAAAGCUGAUUUAUGACUACCAAUGUGGCAAAAGGGCAUGGAUGGGUGACUCAUCUGCGUUGAGGCCUCUGCUGCCCAAGAUGUGUACUGUUACUUCGUAGUCACUCAAGAGGGUGGUGCUCCUUGCCUUUUCCAGAAGGGGUUUCUCUGGUGUGGUUGUGAUUUAUUGCAGCUAAUGAACUCCUUUGCCCUUUGACAGUUUGAACCUGUGGCUGUUCUGUUUUGGCAGCAGCGUUUCCAGUUCCAAAAUGCUGCGAAGCUACCCAGGGGGUGCUUCUACUCCCCUUCCUAAUGGGUGGGACACAGAGUCCUCCUUGCCCGAGAGGAAGGCAUUUCUGUCAGCUCCCCCCCUCACACCCUGUGCUAUUUAGUAGAGACCAGUGGGACUGUGGAGGCAGGAAAGUUGAUUGUUAUAAAUCAAGUUGAAUGUGCAGUGCUUAGGCAUACUGUAACUCACAGUCCCGUACCAAGCUUUACAUAGGAAUUCAAAGAAAUCAGAAAAGCGGUACAGUUUUUAAAUCAGUGAUUAAAACCAGUGCAGUUUUGUUCAGCUCACCAUCUUGAUUCAAAAUGGCCUCCUUGAUCUCUGGAACUCUCAUGAAAAAUUUGGAUAUGAUAUCAUAAGAGCAGGGCUUUUUUUUCCAGCCGGAGCUCAACUCUGGCACCUCUCAGGUGGGGCACCAUUGCCAUUCUAAGAGAACAAGGGAGAAGUUCACGGUGAGCUCUGGGACCUCUUUUUCCUAGAAAAAUAGCAUUGCUUUAGAGGUGAACAGUGAUCAGACAAACCACUUUCCAAAAUAUAUCGUAGACUAGCAGAAAGUACCUGGUGUUGCUCAGGAAUUCUAAGAAACAGCAGAGUUCUGAGAUCUCUAAAUGGAAAAUGUAAUUUGUUAGUUUCUAAGGCUGUGCACAUCACGCGCAUGCAAACCAGAAACACUCAAUCCAAAUUCAGCCUCAAAUCAAUUCUAGGGUGGGGCUAAUGUUCAAAGGGGGGGGGUUGGGGCUGCUCUCAUUGCACCAAAGGGAAUAGGAGGGUUCAAUCCUACUGCUUCAUUUCCCAUGUGUUCCCUACUACUUAAUAUAUUUAUCUGUUUCACAAGAUUCAUGGACCACUUGAUUGCAAUUAAACCUCAAAACAGUUUGCAAAAAGAAUCAGGGUGGAUAAAAAUCAAUGAUUUUUUUAUUUUAAAAAAUGGAUUAUUAUUUUUAAAAUCAGAUUUUUUUAUUUAAAUCAGAUUUUUUAAAAAAUUAAAUUAGAUUUUUAAAAUAAAAUGCUUUUGGAGGAAAAAUAUUUCUAAAAAGUUUUCUAUUUAGGUUACAUUAUAGUCCAAAGGCUAUUCAUCAGGAAAUAAGGAUUUGUUUUAAGUUUUUCAUGUGUGUGUUUUUUUUAAAUCGUUUAACCACAUCAGUUAACAAACAUGGAUACAUAUGCUGUAAUGUUAUUGUUUUAGUUAAAUAAAUUGUUUAAAUUGUUAUUAAGGAAAUGAUUAUUUUUCUCCAAAAAGUUGUCCAAAUCUAAACAAUAAUUUCAUAAUUACCUGUCUUUGUAUUUCUAAUAGUAUAACCAAAUCAGUAUUUUUUGAUGUAACUGUAAAAACUACUCUGAAAAAUUAUUAUUCCAAAAAUGAAACUGUCAUCUGGUUGUAAAUAUUAAGAUUAUACCAGCAAGAAUGAGUCUUUCUGACUAGUGAUUUAAAUCUUGAUUUAAAUUGAUUUGAUUUAAAUCAAAGCCACCCUGAAAAGAAUCAAAUCAUAAGAUUAUCAGGGUUUUUUUAAAAAAAGUUAAAAGCAACUUUUCCAAAGCUUUCAAAAAAUAAUUAGCAUCAACAGUAAGCUAAAAACCCAGUUUAAAACACACGCCAGCAUUCUACAUCUCUGUACAGGCUUGCCUAAACAAAAAUGUUUUAGCCGGCGCCAAAAAGGGUAUAGUGAAGGCGCCUGCCUGCCUGAUGUCAAUAUAUGCCCAGUAGUGUAAACAGAUCUCCGCUUGCAGUGUUCUCAGUCCUGUUCACUAUUAUUGUCCUCUGGGGUUUUUAAUUUUUUGCUACUAGUAGUACACACAGUAAUUCAUAAGGCUUAGAUCAUUGAAUCCUCACUUGGCCUGAGGCAGACUGAAUGCUGACAGACUGUGGUUUGCAAACAGAGCCAACCUUGUGCAUGUGAGCUGUGUCCUUUCUCUGGAGCGCUGCCCUGGUAGCCUCUCGCUUUGCCUCAGAUGGUGAGGCAUCCCUAAGAUGGUUCUCUGCUGAAGGUCUUGCUACCCAUAGAGACAGAUGGUCCUUCAGGAAUCCCGAUCCUAAGGGCCUUAAAGGUCAACACCAGCUCUUUGAAUGCCUCACUUCAUGGGAUACGGUGCGCCGUUCUGGUCAUCUCACCUUAAAAAAAGGAUGUCAUAUAGUUGGGAAAGGUUCAGGAAAGGGCAGCCGAAAUGUUAAAAGGGAAAGGUUGCAGUGUUUGGGACUUUUUAGUUUGGAAAAAAGGCAAGUAAGAAGUGAAAUGAUAGAAGUUCAUGCAUUUGUGCAUGGCAUGGAGAAAGUGGAUAGAGGAAGGUUUAUUUCUCCAUUGUCUGUAACACUAGAGUUUGUGAUCUUGUUUUCCCCUUUGCACAUGCCUUUCCAGAACACAGGGCAUGGCGAGAAAGAGGAUGCAAUGUUCCAAACCGGAGAGAUCUUUCCAAGACAUUGGACACUGAGCGACCUUUGGGCCAUUGCCUUAAUGGGCCAAGGCAGGGAGUGCCAUGCUACGAGGCCUUGCCCUUUUUGUUUGCUUCUCCUAGGAACAUAGGAAGCUGCCUUAUACAUUGCCUGGCACAGGCUCUCCAGGGACUCACACACCCCUCCACUCCAUCUCCUUUGGUUGAGUUCACUGGUGAACUUGGUUCUGAAUCUGACCUAAGAAGGGUAGGAUUUUCCCUUCCAUCCUGGUAGGGAAAAGCUCAUUUGCCAAGGGGAGCUGAAUCUAUAAAUUGGCUCUAAUAAGCCUCCCCUCCAGACUGGUUUUUUUUAAUGCCAUCCCUGAAUAAGCAGUAGAAUCUUGAGAAGGGAGAAGCUAUAAAAAACACCAUAUGUAAUGGAAAUUGAGAGCAAGAGGAGCAAUGUUAAAGCAGUAGGAGAGCUUUAGCCAAGUUUAUACAGCAGGAAUGUGGAACCUGCGGCCUUCCAGAUGUUGUAGGACUGACUCCAACUCCCAUCAGCCCCAGCUGCCAUGGCCAGUGGUUAGGGAUGCUGGGGGUUGGAGUCCACAAAUUUCUGAAGUGCCAAAGAUAUCCCAUCCGUUUUACACAAGCCAAUUCACACAUCACAGUAAACCAUAGUUUACUGUGUGUUUACUAUUGUGAACUCAAUGAACUUGGCUUUUUUGUUCCUCCCUGCUGACACUGGGGAGAAACAAACCACAGUUCCUAGCUUUGCCCUGCAUCCGAGCCAGGGAACCUGGAUUGUUUUGCUCUCAACAACCCCUGAUCAGUGAGCCAAAAACAAAGCUUGUCUACAGAUUGUGUCUUUUGGGGAACAAAUCAAACCAUGACUCCUAGUUCAGAUGUAAUGCUAAAGUAGGGCUCAUGGUUUUGUUUCCUCCUAAUGUAUGUUGGGGGAAUGGAGCAGAACAAGAUGGGAGCAGUUUGCUUGUGCACAGUAAACCGUGGUUUAUAGUUUGCCACGUGCAAAUGAGGUCUUUUAGACCUAUGUUGUAGCUCAUGCUCAUCUUGGACGUGUCAACAAAGGAAAGUGGUGUUGUUUUUCUAAUGAUGGUCUUUCGUAACUCUUCUAGAGCUCUGUAACAGUAAGGGAGGCUGCAGAAGGACAGAGUUAAUAGGCAGUUUUUGAAAAAGGCUGGUCAAGGUUAAAAUUCCAAGAAAAUUGUACAGUGGAGUUUUGGUAUUUUGACACUGAUGGAACAGGCUUUGAAUUUCACUUCCCACUUCGAAAAAGCAUUUGACAAUGGAGGCUGCACUGAAUGUGCUUUAGCAAGAAAUAAAUAGCUAAAUAUUAAAACAGGAGCUAAAAAUUAAAAUGUCAAAAAGUUAGGACAGCACACUUGCUCCUGGCCAAUUGUUUUUAGAGAGAGAGAGAGAGAACACUAGAUUGGUGUAGACUAGUGUGUGUUUAGAUGUAUUUACUGUUUUCAUCAGCAUGCAUCAGUAUUAUUGCUACUUCUGACUCUUAAGUUAGAAAGAAAUAUUCAGGUUUUUUUGAAUGAAUCAUUUUCAAGUCAAAACAGCCCUUCUUAGAAAUUAAGUAUCAUCAUUCCCUUCAAAGGGUUGGUCAUUAAGCCAAGAAUGAGCCUGCACACUUCCCAUCUUUUCAAUUUCUGUUGCAGACUGGCUUUGACACUUGAAUCCUAUUCUCAUUAAGCCACAGUUCCCUGUUACAUCUGAAACAAGGAACUGUGGUUUAAUGUCAGUUUACCCAUGAUCUGAGUCUAGCUGAAGAUCCUGAAUAGUAAACGGACAUAACAAAGGAUAAGGAUCAGAGCCCUGAAACCAACACAUGGGAGACAUGUGAGCCCAAUAUUCAUCACUCAGUUCCUGAACAAUGGUUUAGGAAACCAGGCUCAUUGCAUGCAAAAAAUUGUUUUAAAAAGCCCUAGGGGUGACACUGAAGGUGUAGGGCAGUGGUGAGGAAUUUUUGGCCCUCCAGAUUUUCUCAACUCAUAACUCUCAUUACACCUGGCUGUUGAGUGUGUUUGCUGGGUCCUGUGGGAAUUCUUCAUCAUCUGGAGAGCCAAAGGUUCCCCAUUCCUGGUAUAGAGGCCAGAGAGAGAGAAAGAAACACAGAUUCCUACUAACUGCAUAUUAACCAACUCACUGGUGGAAGCAGAGCAAGAUGGCAGCUCUUUUCCAACUAUUGAUCUCAGGGUUCUUUUGUUCAAGCAGAGGAGGGCUGCUUAGUCGUCAGCAUUAGCCUUGAUAACUCUUAAGGCAGCAAUUAGGAACGAGGUUUGUAUCCAGCAGGAUGAGCUCUUGUCUAUUUUUAAUGCUCCCUUUUGAUCCAUUUCUCGAAACCUCCCCACUUGCCUUGUGGGAUACUAAUUUCUCGUCUCUCUCAUGUUGGCACACCCGUGGCCAACCUCUGAUCAGUGCUCCCGUGAGCUUACAUUGCUUAUCCCUCCCUCCCUCCCACUUUUGUCGUUCCAGGUUCUCUACCACCUUUUUGAAGAGUUUGCUACGUUCGACAAAGUCACCUUUACCAAUAUCAUCCUGGGUUUCCUCAGCUUCUUUGUGGUGUCUCUGGGGGGCGUCUUUGUCGGGGUUGUCUAUGGCAUCAUCGGAGCCUUCACCUCCCGCUUCACUUCCCAUAUCCGUGUCAUCGAGCCCCUCUUCGUCUUUCUUUACAGCUACAUGGCGUACCUGUCCGCAGAACUGUUCCAUCUCUCGGGCAUCAUGGCGUAAGUAUGGCUGUGGGUGGGGGCUUGGAUGCCACAUUUGAGUUGGAAUGUAGGAAGCGGCCUUAGAUGGAGGCAGACCUUUGGUGUAUGGAGGCUCAGGACUUUCUAAAGGGGUGUAUCCCUUGUGACCUAACUUGAUUGUGUUUAUUAAUUUCAGGCUAACAAUCUAUACAAUCCUUAUAUGCAGGCCUUUGGUGCAUAAUAACGAUGUGGUGGGCAGAAACAAAAAUUCAACCAAGUUGUAAAACCCAGAACGAAACAGCAGCUGCUAGCUCAAAAACAAACCUUGUGCUAAAUGUUACAUGUGAAUGCAGCCACUAGGAUAGCAUGCAUCUGUAUGUGAAGACCUACAUAUAAGUCACUGUGGAUCGGGAAUUCUAAAACAAAAUUCUCAAGUUAGUUAGCAGAGCUGGACAAAGACCUGCAACCAUAGGCACCAGCUCUAAGGGGCCUAGACCUCUUCGGGCCUCCCCAAAUUGACCAUGCUGAGCCACCCCAGCCUCCUUUUCUGCUGUGUGAGAGCACAGAUAAGCUGCCCAAUCUUUCAUCUCUCCCAGGGCACCCUCUCUCUUCCCCUCCCCUCCCCUCCAGCACCCUUGUCCUGGACCCAGUGCCCCACAAGCCCCCCGCCACCUGUUGGCAUCUGGGUGGGGUAGGAGGGGGAAGUGUUCAGGCUGGGCCUACCAUUAUGCCCCAGUGAGCCCCCCAGUGUACAAGUUCUCCUGGCAACAUUUCAGCAGUGGGUGGGGGCCCCAUAUUUUAUUCAACUUGGUGCAAGUUUACUUGCUAUUGUUUUAUUGUUGGGGGUGAGAAACCCUUGCAGGUCUCCUUCAAAUUACCCAGCUCUCCACCUGAUCUCCCUUUUGCAUGCGCACACAUGCACACACACACCAGUGUACGAGUCUUUUUCUACAAAGGCAUUGUCUCCAUGUAUGAAGCCUGCACUGUAUGAAAGCUCUCCCAAUUGGUCCAGCAAAAUACAUGGUCUCUUCCUGUUUUGUAACCCUGUUUUCUUAGAGGCUGACAUAGCAACAGCUCCCCACCAAGCUCAACAAGUGAGUCAUCAUCGGGUUGGAUUGCAUCAGCCAGAAAAGGAACAGUGGCCCCCACUUGCAUAGUUUGAAACCAGCAGGCAAAUGAGAAGCAAUAGAGAUAGCUCAGUUGGUAGAGCACGAGGCUCUUAAUUUCAGGAUUGUGGGUUCGAGCCCCAUGUUGGGCAAAAUAUUCCUUCAUGUCUGAAGUUGGAGUAGUGUCUCUUCCAACUCUAUGAUUAUGUGAAUCCAAUCUGGGCAGAAGGCCAUGGGAGCACUGCAGAGGGAGUUAGGACCCCCCAACCCCCAUUUUCAGCUGUCAAGACUUGAAUACAUGGCCCUGUUGCUUUACUGCAGCCUUCUUCAACCUUCGGCCCUCCCUCUUAACACCCUUAUAACAAACUACCAUAUUUUUCGCUCUAUAAGACGCACCAGACCACAAGAUGCACCUAGUUUUUGGAGGAGGAAAACAAGAAAAAAAAUAUUCUGAAUCUCAGAAGCCAGAACAGCAAGAGGGAUCGCUGCGCAGUGAAAGCAGCAAUCCCUCUUGCUGUUCUGGCUUCUGGGAUAGCUGCGCAGCCUGCAUUCGCUCCAUAAGACGCACACACAUUUCCCCUUACUUUUUAGGAGGGAAAAAGUGAGUCUUAUAGAGCAAAAAAUACGGUACACUUCCCUUCAUUCUUUGGGGGAAGCCAUAACUUUUUACAACUGGCGUGAUGCUGCUUGAAAUGCCACUGGAGCCCAAGUGAUGUAUUGGUGUGCAUGAGCCUGUCCACAGACAUUCCUGUUUCUUUGGGCAGGGAAUGAAGUCUGACUGUUGCUCCACUCAGCUCACACUGACUGGCAGCAGCUUUCAAGGGUUUCAAAUGGGAGAUGCCAGGGAUUGAACCUUUGCAUGCAAAGCAGAUGCUGUACCCACUGAGAUGCACUUUUUCCACUAUAAGCUGGAAGGAGCUAUCUUUAUGCUGGGAUCUAGCCCCCCCAAGUGUCUUUUCUGACACUUAUGUAAAGGUCUCUCCUGCCCCUAAGCUUUUUAACUGGGUAUGUCACAGAUGGAAUCUGGGACUUCCGUGCAGACAAAACAUGUGAUCUACUACAGGGUUUUGGCCCAUUCCUUAAUCUCUUAGGCCCAGUCGAAAUUGGCUGUUGUGGACUGUAUAGAGUCUGCAAAGGUAACAAGGCCUCCCUGAUUCUUGAGAAGAAAUGAACGAAUCCUGCCUGCCCUGUGGCUUUCCAUAGCAUACUUCUUCCUCCCUUGCAGGCUCAUUGCUGCCGGAGUGGUUAUGCGCCCUUACGUGGAAGCCAACAUCUCCCAUAAGUCCCACACCACCAUCAAGUACUUCCUGAAGAUGUGGAGCAGCGUCAGCGAAACCCUCAUCUUCAUUUUCCUCGGUGUGUCCACAGUGGCCGGGAAGCAUCACUGGAACUGGACCUUCGUCAUCUGCACCCUGCUUUUCUGCUUGAUCGCUAGGGUUUUAGGUGAGGCUGUGGGAGGGAAAGUUGCAGGAGAUGUGGGGGUGGCCUCUGCCCACAGCUUGUGCUGCCGAAGGCAGGCCUCAAAUCUCAGGUGUGUAAGGCCUGAAAAGGGCCAGAACAGCAGGCUUAACAGGAAAAGGAUCCCCCAAACAAGCCCAAGGCAUCUGAAUGCUUUUCUUGUGUCGAGAGCUUCAUGUAUUCCACGUUUGCACAUUAUGGCCGCAUUUUGGACAUCAUGAGAAACCAUCAUUUAUCAAGAUGGGAACGAGCCUAAUCUUCCUCACAUUCUCCACCUUUUGAUUUCAGUCGGCUGCAGCUUAGCAUUAGCACUUGAAUCCUGAACUUGUGCUUUUUUGAAGUUGGCUUGUUUCAAGUUAGUUAAGAAUAGUUAAGAUAAGGUUCAGAAGACAUCACAGAAGGUGGCUAAUAACAACAACAACAACAACAACAACAAUGAACAACAAGAGAAAUUUUCAAACUCUUCCUUGCAGGAGGUGAAGGGGGGUGGAGUUGCGUGAGCCCAGGAGGAGGCUAGGUUCAUCCCUGUCUCAAAAAACGUGGUUCAUAGUGAUUUCCAGAUGUAUUGGCUGAGCCUCUCUCUUUCUCUCUGCUUUUAAAGACUGCAUUUCAAACCUCAUUGGAGCCACAUCUGUGUGUGUUUGGUGACUUCCUCAUUCAAAUUUGGUAGCAUGCACCGCGUAGGGCUAGUGUCAAAUUUAAGCAGAGUCUGGUUGCCAGCGGAAGGAUGAGGAAUACGUGCUGCAUACUCUAUAUUGCUUUAUUUACAGUUCAAAGCUGGUAUAUUACAGAAAGACAUCUUGCCUCUGCCGGAGCAGAAAAUGCAUCCUCUCUCCUCGACAGCUCGGAGAGAAUCACACAGUGAAAAACAGGAAACCAGUGUACGUCACAUCCAGCCUCCCUUUCCCGUGAGAAACUCCAACAGUACAGACUGUGGAAUGUAAACACCUGUCUCGUGACAAGCAGAGCUGCACAGUGAAGGAAAGCAGAAACCAACAUCCUCCCCUUUCUGUGAACAUCACUGGGCAGCGUGUUUGCACAAUAUCAGUACAAACCCAACUUCUGCACAUAGGUACAGUGUUGAUCCCUUGAUACAAUCUUGGACAAUACAUCAGCAGGAAUUUCAUUACCUGGCAUAUAGGACACCGUUACUGAGUCCCUUCUGAAUACAUUCCCUAGCAUGCUGCAACUUUAAUUGCAAGUGCUUUGUGCUUUGCUUACAACCUUCAGACUUCAGCAAAGCCAAACAUGCUUUGUUGUCCUGGUAAACCUGGAUUGGACAUUUGACAGGAAUUUUCAUAUCUUUGCACAAUUGUACUAACCAUUCACAAUCCUUAAGUGAAUAAGACAGUGCAUUCAGUUCGGCUUCACAAGUACUUAAGCUUACUGUUGUUUGCUUCUUGCAUGACCAAUCAAACAGACUCUGAUUGUACAUGUAGCAAACUCCAGACGUACUUUUCCUGUCUGUAGCGUCACUUCCAAAACUUGCAUCUGCAAAUAUCUCAAGACCACCAGACUUCUGAUUGUUAAAUCUCAGUCUGUAAUGCAUAGUGCCUUUCAAAUACCGCGCUAUGCGUUUCAGAGCUUUCCAAUCCUUGACACUAGGAUUGUUGACUUGUCUGCUUAGCAAAUUACAGCUAACAGCAAUGUCUGGUCUUGAACAUCUGGCAAUGAAGUUUAGCUUGCCUAGCAUACUCCUGUACAGUGUAGUGUCAGAAAACGCUUCUUCAGUGUCAUCUACCUGAUAACCUGUUGUCAUCGGUGUGUCUACAGGGUUAGCAUCCAUCAGAUUUAGUUUGCUUAACACAUCAGCAAUUUUCCGUGACUGGUGUACUAGAAUGUUACCAUCUUGAUCUCUCUCUAUUUCCAGAGAUAGGUAGUUGUUUACCUCACCAAGAUCUUUCAUGUCAAAGUGCUCUGUCAGUUGAGCUAGGGCGUUAUUGUACAUUGCGACAUCUUUCCAAAAGAAUAAUAAAUCAUCAACAUAAAACAAACAGUACAGUUUCUUUUGCCCCUCCUCUUUGACAAAUACACAUGGAUCAGCUUUCCCUUGCUGAAAACCUAGAGAAAACAAUACUUCAGUGAGUUUUGUGUGCCAACACCGUGCACUUUGUUUGAGACCAUAAAGGGAUUUCUUCAGAGCACAAACAAAUCCCUGUUUUACCUGUACGCCAUCAGGUGGAAGCAUAUAAAGUGAUUCAUCUAGAGAUCCGUACAGAAAAGCUGUAUUUAUAUCAUGGUGACUAAUGUGUAGAUUUUCCUCUGCAGCUAGCUUAAGCAUAAGCCUAAUGCUUUCAUAUCUCACUGUGGGUGAAUAGGUCUCGUGAUAGUCUUGACCUGGUACCUGUGCAAAACCUCUGGCUACCAAUCUGGCUUUGUGUCUGACUAUCUUGCCAUUUUGAUCUGUCUUCGCUUUGAAGACCCAUUUGCUUCCAAGCAGUUUCAUUCCUGGAACUACUGGAACUAGCUCCCAUGUUUUGUUCCUUUCUAAGGAAUCAAGCUCAGCCUUCAUGGCAUUUAACCAUGGCUCAGCUUCCUUUGAAUCCAAACCCUGGAUUUCUUGGAAACUUGAAGGUUCAAAUACCUUCUUGGAGCUUUUAACAGCUGUUACUGCUAUCGUAGCAAACUCAUCAGCAAAUCUCUUUGGAGGUUUGCCUUUUGUGGCUCUCUGUGACCUACGAAUUAGCCUUAAGUCUUCAACACUCUCCUCUUCCUUCUUAGGAGAAAAACGACCUAUUGUGAACAAUGGUUCCUCCAAUUCUUGAUCAGAGCUUUCAGAGGGUCGCAUAGAGGCUUUCGCACUCUUGAAAUCCUCUGAAUCACCCGAUUCAGUUUCAGAUUCAGAUUCAGAACCUUCAUCAGUGGGUGUGGGUUGUUGUGGUUGCUUUUGACUAUCCUCAGUCUCAUCACCGUCAUCAGGAUAACAUUGGAAAAUUCCCACAUUCUCCCCCCACUUUGCAUUGUACUCAACACUUCUCGUGAGCUUAAUUGUCUUGGAGUCAGUCAUCAUUAUUCUGUAAGACCCUUUCUGAUAACCUAGAAAGAUACCAUGCAAUCCACGCUUGUCUAACUUGGAGUUUUGUGGUGAGCGAACCCACAUGUCAGAACCAAAAAUCUUCAUGUGUUUGAUGUAUGGCUUCUUGCCAAACAUCUUCUCCUAGAGGUACAACCAAUCGCUGAAGAUAACCUGCGAUUGUAACUGUAAACAAAACACGAGAGAGAUUCGGCCCAAUAACUCUCUGGAAGAUUGGCAUCAUGCAGCAAGGUUUUUAACCCUUGAAGCAAUGUCUGAUUUGCCCGUUCCGCAAGUCCAUUCUGCCAUGGCGAGCGAGGACUAGACAAAUCGUGUUGAAUUCCUUUCUCAGUCAGAAAAGCUUCAAACUGCUGAGAAGUGAAUUCCCCCGCGAUCACUGAAAAGAGUCUUUAUCUUCUUACCAUGCACAUUUUCCAACCAAGCACAGAAUUCCUUGAACCUAGGAAAAGCCUCCGAUUUCUGCUUGAGAUUGUACACAAAAAUAUAUCUAGAAAAUGCAUCAAUGAGAACCAUGAAGUAUCUAUUUCCACCCAAAGAGGGCGCUAGUGGUCCAACCAAAUCAGCAUGAACAACCUGGUAUGGUUCUGUAGCUUUCCUACUAGACACCUUACCUUUCGCAGCCAUUUUCACCUUGUUUGCUGCGCAUGCUUUGCACUUCAUGUGGUACCUGCAGGGUUUAAUAGUCAUACCUUCAACCAAGGCAGGCAUUUUAGAUACUGCCUCAAAAUGCAAAUGACCAAAUUUUCGAUGAAAAUCGUGAAUACAUUCUGCAUGCAAACUUUUGUUAGAACCUGCAAUGCAACAAGUGUCAUCCUGCACCACAUCAUCAUAAUACAAAACAAACAAAUGAUCAACAUAUUCUGCAUGCAAUACAUAAUCAUUUUUCUUUGUGAUGAUGCACUUCUUGUUCUUGAAGGAAACGUCAAUGUUCCGCUCAUUCAGCUGUCCAACGCUGAGCAGAUUAUGUUUGGCGUCUGGCACGUAAAGCACAUUCUGUAUCGAUAAGUCCAAAUUGUGAAGAACAACAGUUCCGUAGCCUUUACUGGGAAUAGUGUGGUCAUCCGCCUGGUGAAUCGCACCUUCCUGCGGUGUAAAAGACACAAACAGUUUCUUAUCGUUGCACAUGUGGUGGGUCGCCGCUGAAUCAACAACGAAGAAAGAUCUAGACGUCUUCUGGACCUCUGCAACCUUUGGAGUGAAGCGUGAAACCAUAGCCUUGUGCUGCGUUGUCCUAGACACCGGACCUUUGCCUUUGCCUCGGCCUUUUCCGCGCGAUGAGCUUUCGCUGCGCUGCUCUGUCUUGGCCCUGGGAUGUCUGCAUUCCCUCUUCAUAUGGCCUAGACGUCCACACGAGUAGCAUUUCACUGCCUUCAAAGCUUUGGCGCCAUCUGGUGGUUCCACUGCACUAUGGGAUGACGUCUGUGAAGACUCCCCUUGCCCAUGCAGCUAGCACCCCGGCGAUCUGCUUCAUUUAAAAUCACGGCAGUAACAAAGUCCACUGUCAGCUGAGCAGAUGGUUGCACAGCAAUCUGGGUUGCAACAGACUCCCAACCUGAACCCAAAGAUUGUAGUAUCAUGAAAGAAUACACAGCCUCUGGAAAGUUGAGUCCUCUCUGUUGCAGCUCAUGUCUCAGAUUUUGCAUCUCCAUCAGAUGUAAACGCACAUCUCCACCUUCAGCAAGAGCCAUAUUAUGCAGCUUGUUAAAGUAAAACAUAGUGGAUCCAGCUUCUGUCCUUAAGUGAGCCUCUCUCAAAGCGUCCCAAAUUUCUCUGGCUGAGGUCUUAUCACGCAAUAGACAGAGCUCUUCUGGGGAUACUAUCAAUGUAAGAGUUCCCCUUGCUUUGGAAUCCUUAGCUUCCCAUGCAUCUGUAACUGGAACUGGGGGUUCCUGUAAUCACCUCAAACAAACCCUCUUUCCGCAGAAUUGCCUCUGCAUACUGAACCCAGUCGCUGUAAUUUUUCUUGUUGAGCUUAGGAAUCCCACAAGCAUCCUGAAGGGCCAUCAUGACUCUGGCAUUAGCCUUCAGCGUCAUAUGCUGCUUUAAAUCUUGCUGCGUCACUGCUGCAGCUGCCGUAUUACAAAGGCCCUUAAAAGUUACUUCGAUUUCCCCAGCAUAGUGACUUGUGCCUGGGAGCCUUUUGCCUAUUCCCGGCAAAACCGGCUUUAAAAGUUCAAAGUCCAGCCAUAAAGCCAUUAACUUGAAGCUGGCAGGCUGCCCGGAGCAGUAGCACAUACCUCAUCAAUCACCUCUAGGCGCAGAGCAGAUUCCGUUCCGAUCUGUUCCUCUGCAUUCCGAUCCUUUGCCGGCACUCCGAUUCGACUUCUGGAGCCCAUAACCACGUGUUGAUUUAAGCAGAGUCUGGUUGCCAGCGGAAGGAUGAGGAAUACGUGCUGCAUACUCUAUAUUGCUUUAUUUACAGUUCAAAGCUGGUAUAUUACAGAAAGACAUCUUGCCUCUGCCGGAGCAGAAAAUGCAUCCUCUCUCCUCGACAGCUCGGAGAGAAUCACACAGUGAAAAACAGGAAACCAGUGUACGUCACAUCCAGCCUCCCUUUCCCGUGAGAAACUCCAACAGUACAGACUGUGGAAUGUAAACACCUGUCUCGUGACAAGCAGAGCUGCACAGUGAAGGAAAGCAGAAACCAACACCUUGCAGGAGGUGAAGGGGGGGGGGGGGAGUUGCGUGAGCCCAGGAGGAGGCUAGGUUCAUCCCUGUCUCAAAAAACGUGGUUCAUAGUGAUUUCCAGAUGUAUUGGCUGAGCCUCUCUCUUUCUCUCUGCUUUUAAAGACUGCAUUUCAAACCUCAUUGGAGCCACAUCUGUGUGUGUUUGGUGACUUCCUCAUUCAAAUUUGGUAGCAUGCACCGCGUAGGGCUAGUGUCAAAUACCACCCAAAUUAUACAAAUUUGACAUAAUUUUUAGCUACGUGGCAGAAUUCUUUGCCUUCCCAUCUGUAGCGACAAUAUACGGACCCUGAACUUUACUUUUCCCUUAACUGGUACCAUUCCUUUUUAUCAUUUCCUCAGGUGUCCUGGGGCUGACAUGGUUCAUUAACAAAUUCCGCAUUGUGAAGUUGACUCCAAAGGAUCAGUUCAUCAUUGCCUACGGUGGCCUACGGGGUGCCAUUGCCUUCUCCUUGGGUUACCUCCUCAAAUACGAUCACUUCCCAAUGAGAGACAUGUUCCUCACUGCCAUCAUUACGGUCAUCUUCUUCACAGUGUUUGUGCAGGUAGGCCUGUAGAAGCCCCUCUGUUUCCCAGGCCUGGGGGCAUCAUGGCAGCAAUGAGGUCAUGCAACAAAAGGAGGUGGUAGACCAGACUGUACUUAAGGAGACCAUUUUUAAUGGUCCCCCAAGAAAGGGGGCGGGAACUAGUGGGAUAUGGGGGAGUAAAGUGGAGUAAAGGCUAAAUUAAUCCAACCAAACACAGUCUAGAGUCCGUAUUUAAGGCGUGCUGAAUUCAACCAGGCUUAUGUCUCCACAGGGAAUGACCAUCCGCCCUUUGGUAGAUCUCUUGGCUGUGAAAAAAAAGCAAGAGACUAAGAGGUCCAUCAAUGAGGAAAUUCACACUCAGGUAAUAGUUCUGUUUUACUUUGUGCUGAGUGGUCUCUGUGUGUGUGUGUGUGUGUGUGUGUGUGAGAGAGAGAGAGAGAGAGAGAGAGAGAGAGAGAGGAAGAACCUCUGUUUAGCUGCCUUAAUACUAGAGUUUGCAUUGAAAAGCAAACUGGCCUAAUUCACCUGUCACAGACUUUGACAUGGAAAUCGUAACAGAGCUAUCAACCACAUUAUACACUUCUCUACAUUUUGUCAUGCUGUUAACACACACAAAAAGCAUAUUUUAUGGGAGGAAAGGAACCCCCCCAAUGCUUAUUUUAGAGGAAGAAUGUGUACAAAAUGUAUACAAUUUAAAUGUGAUGGUAUGUGUGGGUUUUGUUUGCAAAAAGUGGGAUGAAAUAACAUGAAUCGGUAAUAGGCUGAUUGUCGAGCCAUACUUACUACUCUUCUAGUUCAUAUCAGGUUCCAAGUUACACUUUACAAAGUACAAAAUAACGUAACUUUAAAAAACACACACAAAAAGAUUUAUUGGAAGCUGAAAUAUGUCACCUAAAAUCAUCCAGUAUUUCUUGUCUCAAAGAUUUCCCAUAGCUUAAUUCAACAAAGCACUGGUUGGUAUAGCUUGCUGGUGCCACCUAGCAGCUGAUCAAGGCACUUCAUGUAACCCGUGUCCUCAAAUUCAGUUAUUUCCUGCUAGUGGGUCAGGACCACGUGGGUCACACCUAAGAUGGAUCUCACCAGUGGCAGGGGGAAAGGUGGCAGUACCAAUUCUAAACCACUCACACCCCAAAAGAACAAAAUUUGCAAGAUGCUGAGGAAAUGCUAUAGUUUAUUUGCAAAAGCAUUCCAGUGGUCUAGUUGUGAUGGUUUGCCCCUUGUUUCUGGAAUAAUAUGUUCCUUUGACUGGGGAAAAGGAUCUCCACAUACCAAAGCUAAGAAAUAGCAAUUCAGGGCCAGAUUUUUUGCUACCUGAGGUGAAACAGCAACUGGUGCCCCACGCCAAGCACCAAGGCCUGUCAAGUUAUUCAGCACCUGAAUAUGAAAAUCCAGCAAGCGCCUCUCCUCUCCCUGGUAGCAAAAGUGCAAAAUAACAAACCUUUGCUGCCCUUUGAAAAUCAGCUUCCCAAUGAGACUGCCUCACUCUGUCUAAUCGUAGGAUCAGCCCAUCUGAUAAAGUUGUAAUACUCAAAAUCCGUUAGAGAUACCAACAGAAAGUGGGAAGGCUUUUGCAGAUAAACUGUAACUUUUCCACACUAGUAGCUUUUUUAAAAAGUUGUAGAAGAAAAAUGUGGUGGCGGCAACUGGGGGACGGGCGGGGUGAGAAUAUGUCUGCAUAACAAUUUUUAAAAUACUAGAUCUUUACAGUCAUAGCUCCCUUCUCUCCCACACCCGUAAUUCUGGAAACUAACUGUAACUUGCGUUCAAGAAUUUUGACAGGCCUCUGACUAUCAUCCUGCACAUGUAACCCCUAUUGCCGUCAGGCGAGCACCUUCAUUGUUCUCUUUUUGGACCCUGCUAAGAGCAUUUUUGUUUAGACGAGUCUAAUCAGAUACGUGGAAUGUCAAUGUCUGCUUUAAUGUGUUUUUAGUUUAUUGCUGGUUUUAUUUUGUUAAUUCUUUAAAUUGUUGCUUUUAACUGUUUUUACUGACAGUGUUAUUGUUUUGUACUCUUGGUAAAAAAAUUAAAGAAGCUCAAAGCAGUUUCCAGUGAAGCAGCACAUACAUUUUAUGAAACAAAAUGAAAUAAAUAAAUACCGUAUUUUUCGCACCAUAACACUCACUUUUUUCCUCCUAGAAAGUAAGGGGAAAUGUCUGUGUGUGUUAUGGAGUGAAUGCCUACGGAUGGCGGGGGGCUCUGCUGCAGUCGUGAGCAGAGGAUCCAUGGUUCCCCUUCCUUCCCUCCUCCGUGGCCCGCUUUGAAACAGCAAAGCGGGAGAAGAGCCGCUGAGUGGGGAGGAGAGAGGGACAGAGAGCCUGCUUGCUUUAAAGGAGCAAAGCGGAGAGGAGAGGAGCCGCUUACAUGAGUCCGGAGCUGUUUUUUUCAGCAAGCCGGGGAGGAGGGAGAGAACAGCUCGCUAAAUAGCAGCAAAGUUUUUCGCAAUCAGGCUCUCUGUCCCUCUCUCCUCCCCACUCAGCUGGCUAAAUAGUAGCAAAGUUUUCCAGCGAGCCGGGAGGAGGGAGAGAAGCAGAGCCUUUAAAGGAGCAAAGCGGGAGAGGAGAGGAGCCUUCUCCCCUUAUACCCCUCUUCUGCAUUAUUAGCAGCAUCCUUCUCCACCCACCCCACACGUGUUCCUUGUCCCUUGAGUGCUUUUCCUUCCCUCCCCACUUAAAACGUGGUUACAAAGCAUGGAUCCACAUGGAUCCUCAGGAUUUUUGCAUUGGGCUACCCCAACCUCACCAUCAGAUCACAUAGCAUGUCCAUGGCUACAACUUGCACCAAAAAAAUCACGCACCCACUGUUGCCUGGGGCCGCAGUGGUGCAAAAAUGUGGUUACAAAGCAUGGAUCCACAUGGAUCCUCAGGAUUUUUGCAUUGGGCUACCCCAACCUCACCGUCAGAUCACAUGUCUGUGGCCACAGCAUGAACCACAAAAAUCAUACACCCGCUGUUUCGUUUAGAAUAUUUUUUUUCUUGUUUUCCUCCUCUAAAAACUAUGUGCGUGUUAUGGUCGGGUGCGUGUUAUCGUGCGAAAAAUACGGUACAACUCCCAGAUCCUUUGGGAGAAGGGCCAACAGUUAAACCAGUAUGUCCGAAGCGUAAAUACUAGAAAAACCCCAAGAGAAGAAACCCAAGUCAUGAUAAUCAAUCACUAGUUAUAAUUUAAUUAGGAGGUUUCAUGCCUGUCUAGUUCUGUGCUCCCUUUCCCAGCCUUUAAUCUAUUGGUGAUUAAUGCCUAUAUGUAACCUUUGCUUUGUAUUUGUGUCAACCAAUCAGCAACGAGUGCACCUGUGGCAAUGUUGUAAUAUUCAAUAAAAGAGUCUCCUCGGGACUUGCUCGAGAGAUGCCUCUCACAUGACACUUGCUACUCGUCUGUAGUUAUUUCAACACAACAGAGGAACAUGUAUGUUAAAUAUGGAACCUAGUUUUGAUUUGUUUUAGGUUGGGAUUAAUGAGUCCCAGCCUGAAAAGGCUGAGGGAUGAUACUCUAAUGCAGGCAUAGGCAAACUUAGCCCUCCAGAUGUUUUGGGACUACAACUCCCAUUAUCCCUAGCUGACAGGCCCAGGGAUGAUGGGAGUUGUAAUCCCAAAACAUCUGGAGGGCCGAGUUUGCCUAUGCCUGCUCUAAUGGCAUGCUAUGUAGCAUUGGUUCUCUCUCUCUCUCUCUCUCUCUCUCUCUGUCUCUCUGUCUCUCUGUCUCUCUCUCACACACCCCAGUUCAAUUGCUAAAGAACAUUCCUGCACAGUCAGUAAGCUGUAUUUUAGCCUUGCUGCAAUUCCCUUUUCGAUCGUUAUAGUGCAAUAUCUGGCCUUUAUUAUACAGAUGGGAAGUUCUCAUCCACCCCACCUUUUUAACUAGUUAAAUGUGUGCUGCAGCACAGGGAAGGAAGCACAUACAUCUUUCCAGGGUUUGUUUAACUUCACCAGCCGGUGAAAGAGAACUCCUAUGCUAGAGCUGCACUGGAACGGGGUGAGAGCAGACCAUGAUAUCCUCUCCUCCAAAACGUUUAAUGAGCUGCAUCCCUCAUCGCUGCCCAUGUCAUGCUAAAACAAUACCCAUGAGCUCUGUGUGUGCUGCCACUACAGUCACACUUGUCCUAGGUGCAAAAUACUGCAGGUGAAAGGGAUGGAGCGUGGAGGGGGGUUGGCAAGGAGAGAUCACUUCAUCACCAGGUUGUGCUUCUGUUGCAGAGAUCAGGUGUGCCCUGUAGAUGAGGCAAAAUCCAUACUUUUUGUUUUCCUCUCUCCUUCAAAUAGUUCUUGGAUCAUCUUUUGACUGGGAUUGAGGACAUUUGUGGCCACUAUGGCCAUCACCACUGGAAGGACAAGUAAGUGCUACUGAGCUAGGGGAGAAAAUAAUAAGUUGCUUACAAUUAUUAUUGUCUACUAUUGUAACUGGAUUUUUGUAAUAAUCACGUUUGGGAAUUCUUUUGUUUCGGUUUUCUAAGAUGCCACAUUAACAUUUGGGGGGGGGGCUUAAUCUCAAGGACUCUACAUGGUGCUAUUUUUUAUGAGCUAAACCCCAGGCUGGCUAACCUGUGCCGCUACACCACACACCCCAUGUCGUUUGACUCGAACACCCAUCGCCCCCAAUCAACAUGGCCAGUUGCCAGGAAAUGAUAGGAGCUGCUGUCCAAAAUCUUCAGGGUGGGCGAUGCUUAUUGUAGCUUUACAUUGUUGUUGUCUUUCUCAUCCCCUUGCAAAGGCUGAAUCGCUUCAACAAGAAAUACGUGAAGAAGUGCCUAAUUGCUGGGGAGAGGUCGAAGGAGCCCCAGCUGAUUGCCUUCUAUCACAAGAUGGAGAUGAAGCAAGCCAUUGAGCUGGUAGAGAGCGGGGGAAUGGGCAAGAUCCCCUCUGCCGUCUCCACUGUCUCCAUGCAGUAAGUAUCAUGGAGAGCAAGGGAGGUGGGGCUGUUUUAUUCAUUAAAGGGGGAAAGGCUUACUCUGAUUGGAGGAAACACAGUGCUUUUGAGUGUUCAAACCACUUAACAUAUACAGUCGUACCUCGGAAGUCAAAUGGAAUCUGUUCUGGAAGUCUGUUUGACAUCCAAAAUGUUCAAAAACCAAGGUGAGGCUUCUGAUUGGCUGCAGGCAGCUCCUGCAGCCAAUUGGAAGCCACAGAAGCUGCAUCGGAUGUUCGGGUUCCAAAGAAUGUUUGCAAACCGGAACACUCACUUCCAGUUUUGCGGCGUUCAGGAGCCAAAACAUUAAACUCGCAAGGUGUUCAACUUCCGAGGUACGACUAUGCUACUUUGCUAACCCUUUAAAAAAUCCCACUGUAAAAAAACCCUGGUAUUACUGGCCUAUACACUAAUUCUGUUAGCAUAAGGAUUUCUGCUUGCACAACAAAACAUUCCCCACCUUCUCAUAGGAAGCUGCCUUAUACUGAGUCAGACCAUUGGCCCAUCCUGCUCAAUAUUGUCUACACUGACUGGCAGCAGCUCUUCAGGGUUUCAGGCAGGGUUCUCUCCCAGUCCUAUCUUCUGCAUGGACCCCCUGCAUGCAGAGCAUGUGCUCUAAUUCUAUAAGCUUUAUAGCAGGCACCCCCAACCUUCGGCCCUCCAGAUGUUUUGGACUACAAUUCCCAUCAUCCCUGACCACUGUUCCUGUUAGCCAGGGAUCAUGGGAGUUGUGGGCCAAAACAUCUGGAGGGCCGCAGGUUGGGGAUGCCUGCUUUAUAGUGAUGAAUAAAUUGUGAUUAGUAAUAGAGCAUUUUGAUUUUCUCUUGUAGGUCAAACCUUUGAAGCUUUUUAACCUUCUCUUAAUCUUUCAGAAAUAUCAAUCCGAAAACUUUGCCUGUGGAACGCAUCCUGCCAGCUCUGUCGAAGGACAAAGAGGAGGAAAUCCGAAAGAUCUUGCGCACCAACUUGCAAAAAACCAGACAGAGGGUAAGAAAGAGGACCCCGUUAGCAUCUUUGGUCUGGAAAACUGUGGUAGGUCAGAGCUAUUUCCAGUGCACCUUCUUCCAGGGGCCCCCACUCACCAUCCCUCCGAUUCUCGCAGUCCAUCAAAAAUAUUUACAGGCCGGACCCGCAUUUACAGCCAGCUGGCAACCCAAGCAAACUGGCAAAGCAAACAAAAAAUUGCUUUGUUACUUGGCCAGAUACAUUGAUGAAUGUGAUAAAUCUGCAGCUUGGUUCAACAAUUUGACGUAAUAAACAAGGCAAUAAAUGAACAUCACUCUGAGGGUAGAAAGGCCUUUGUCUGGCUUAAAGGUAGGGGCAGCAAAUUGACCAGUCUGCUAAAAUAUGGGCAGUGAUGGGACUGCAAGCUGAGGAUGGAACCUGUAGUCAUCAGGCAGAUGAGCAUGUGUGCCUGGAGCAAUGAUACACUUGACUGGGGGGAGCGGUAAGGCUUGCACAGCAGAAACAGAUGCCAUAUGGGGCUCCUGAUCUGUGCACCUCCAGGGGCCUAGCAGAAAUGAGCCGUGAGGAGGGGCCUCUUUGGGGACACACCUGUUGCAUCUUCCUGUGCCCACCUAUGCCCAACCUUAUGAUGGUAGACAAGGCAUUUGAGAAAGGGGGAAGUCUGAAGGAACAGCUGCUGCCACCUGUCUGCUAAGAGGGGCAUUGCAAAGCCUUCAGCAUGUUGGGGCUGCAAGAGAAGAUAAAUGUUCACUCUUGCAAGUGAGAUGACAGCACCCCCAGAUUUUGUGGGCAAAGAGGAUCCCAGAUCAUCGACAUCUGAAACCUAGCGGAUGAGCCUAUUCAAACAAAACAAUAGUGAUUCAAACAGUGGGGAAUUGUCAAAAUCAAAGUUGGUGAACCCCUAUGCGUUAGCAACAAUGGCUAAACAAAAGAUUAUUUUUUCUGUAUAGUAAAAACAAUUAGUAGUUUGAAUGAAUGAAAGCAAAACAAAAAUUUGUUCAGCUGUUUUAUUCGUUUUUAGUUGCUUUGCGUUAGUGGCAUUGUCUUGCAUUGAAGAGAUGGGCUAGAGCUCUAUCUACAGUUUGCAAAAAAGUCACAAAUUGGGGAAAGAGAGAAAGCUGUGAAACUGGCACAGUGGGGAAACUCUCUUUAGUUAAGAUAAUCAUUAGGUUAUUAUGUUUGUCCACUUUUUCCCAGUUGCCUAUAACGCUGGGACCCUUUUGUCUGACCCCCUGCCUGAAAUUCUUCAGGCAUGUUGGCUGAAUAUCUGCAGAUUUUAUACUGUUUGGAUGGAAAAGACUAAUGUUACAGCAACAGAAAUCUAGCUGGGUUUUCCAUUGCAAUCGAUUGGGAGACAGACACAUUUUUACUGAGCAAGUCAUGGUCAAAGAGUUCGUUUCUCAUAAUCCCAGAGGAAGAGUGGCUUAGCUCAAAACUUGCUGGAAUUUGGGCACCUCUGGUUAAAGUUGAUAGCCUCUGUUUGAAUAACUGUUGUCAUUUUACAGGUACUAGUUGUAUUUCCCACCCCACACAUCUGCCCUAGAAACCACACUGUCUUCACACAAAUGGCAGCCGGGAGGGUGGGGGGGCUCUCUCUGUGUGUAUAUGUAACCUCUUUUGAGUUCUGUUCUAGUUGCGGUCAUAUAAUCGACACACCUUGGUGGCCGACCCUUACGAAGAAGCCUGGAACCAGAUGUUGCUGAGGAGGCAGAAGGCUCGACAGCUGGAACAGAAGGUACCAUGGAUGGAAGGAAGGCUGUAAUGGUGGAGAGUUUGGGGUGGAGGUUCAAAGUGCGAGCUUCUCUUCAGUGGCUUCCAGAUACCAGUUGCUGGAAACCAAAAGAGGCGGAAAAUCCUGUUCUCAAGGGUUUCCCAGGGGCUUCUGUUUGGCCACUGUGAGAACAGAAUGCUGGACUAGAUCGGCCACUGAUCUGAUCCAGCAGGUUCUUCUUAAGUUCAUCUUGAAGAGAGGAAGAUAAGAGGGGAGACGUCAUUGGAGUAUCUGAGGUGAAGAGCCCUUUAAUUAAUGGCUGCUGUGUUUCUGAUUCCAGAUAAACAACUACCUGACGGUGCCGACACACAAAAUCGAUUCGCCCACCAUGUCAAGGGCACGCAUUGGCUCAGGUGAGGGGAGGAGGCUGUGGCAAUUUCUGGAAAUUAGAAAUCUGCAACCGGGGCAUGGUGGACCAUUUGGGAAGGAAGCUUCAAGGCACUGCUGCUGUGUUAGCAUUCAGUUACCCCACUAACUUCAUGCCCCACAAGUUUCGCUUUAAUGGCCCUGCUUGCAGGCUGUCCAUAGCACACGGUGAGAACAAGAUGCUGGACUAGAUGGGCGUGUGGCCUGAUCCAGUAUGACUGUUCUUAUGGUGCAACUCCAAUAGUCCUGGCCCAUCUGCAGGAACUCUGGUGUAUGUGUGUGUGUUUAAUGCAGGGUUGGAGAACCUGUGGAACUUCACAGGUUGCCAGAGUACACAUCUCAUUAUCCCAGACCAUUGGCCAUGCUGGCUUAGGCUGGUUGAAGUUGGAGCCUGACACCAACGGGAGGCCACAUGUUCCCCAUUCCAGGCUAAAUGCAUUUUGGAGCAAAGGGAGGCUGCUACCUUUGGGAACAAAGCAAUUUGUAUUUUGCAGAGAGAGGGAGAGAAACCUGAGGAUCUUGGAAUGCGGAAUUCUGCACUGAGCGUUGGAUUCUUUCCUUGUGAGAGGCUUGCAGGGCAGACACGGUCCCAGCAGCUGCUCGCCCACUUAGGGUGGAGCUGCAGCAAUAGCCUUCGCUACUGCUUUGGGUUCCAGAAAUUCCCAGGUUCAAUCCCUGGCAUCUCCAGGUGGAGCUAGGAAACACUCCUCCCGAAGAGCUGCUGCCUUUCAGAGCAGGCAGUAUUGAGUGAAAUAGACCAAUAUUCCGACAUGGUAUAAGGCAGCCUCCAAGGUUCCUGUGCCAUAGGGCUCCAAGGUGGCUGAAGAUCUUCCAAAAGAUGCAGAGUGGCACAUGCUGCCAGUAGGCAGGAGGAGCAGGGAAAGGGAUGCGCCGAGCGAUGGAGAGCAGAGAGAGCCAGCAGACUCUUUGAGGGUGAAGCAAAAAAUCUUCAGGGUCCCUAACCCCAGUUGGAUCUGGGUGAAUGUUUUCUCCUGAUCCCCAGCCUCCUUCUGCUAGACCAUCAGAUCAAAGGAGAACCUGCCCACCAGGUCUCCGCAAGAGGUACCUAACGGAUCUCUGCGAAGGAUUGAUCUCCUCUCUUGUGCCUUUCUUCUUUCUUUAUCAGACCCCUGCCUAUAAAUAGGACUGGUGCUUCUCCUCCUCAGCAGGUAACGGAACCAAACCCAGCUAUCCCUGCUGUGAUCUAUACAAGCCUGUCCCCCCCCCCCGAAACCAAGAAUGAAACCCAGCAGUUUCCUCUACUUGGUUGGACCCCCAUUCUUACCUCUCUGCCCCUGUCACCCAUCACUUCGUGGACACUGUGAAGUUGUUUGUCCUCCUGUAUUAGUCAUGUUCUGCAACCCCCUGGUGGUGUCCUGAGAGACUCAACAGUCUGCAUUUCAGACAACUGCCAGGUUUGCACAAAAAAUGAAUGUAAAUGCUCCAGGGGGCUACUGUGCUCAUGCCCUACUUCUUGGCUUCCCACAGACAUCUGGUUGGCUACUGUAAGUACCAAAUGCUGGACUAGAUGGUCCUUGGGGCUCAUCCAGCAGGACUCUACUUAUGUUCCAGCUUUACCCAUCCACAAAGUGGCGGUUGCAGCUCUUAAUUGACUUGCUCGCUGCUCCAGUCUUGGCUCUUAACUGGCUUCAUUUAGGAAUAGAGUGUAAAAUAUAGGGACAUUUUGUAGUCAUGUGGGGGCAUAUUUUUGACGGUGAAGAAAUACCUGAAAACUUUUUUUGGAGGGGGGAUUUAAAUACAUGCAAUACUUUCUUAUCAAACUUCAAUUAUUUUCCUACUUUAACAGGCUGAGAUGUGGCAUUUAUAACUUAGCAUGUAAUAUUUGGCAUAUUUAUUAAAUUUACAGAGCAAUCUUUUAUGUGUUAACCCAAAAGUAAGAUGCACUCUUUAGAGGUGCUUUCAUCCCAAGAAACCACAUACAGGGUUGCAGCCCCCAAAGUGUGCAUACUUUGAAUAUACAUGUCACAGUCAUUUGAAGGGAGAUAUGAAAAUGUGCCAGUCAAAAGGACAGCAGAUUUGGGAUACUUGCUUCUAGAAUAUCUAAGCUUAAAACAGGUCGCCGGAAGAAACCAAGCAGCAAUUCACAAGCAACGAAGGUGCUCCUAGAUGCAGAAAUUUAUCUAGGAUUUGAGUGUUGUAUAUGUUUAUAGUGUACAUAUGAAUUAUUGUUCUCUAAUGCUGUUGAUUAAGGGGACAUGAACAUAUUCAUACUACUCAUUUUAAGUGAGUAAAACCUUGUAUUAAAAAGUCUUUUUUUCCAAAGGACAAAAUAUUGAAUAGUUUUUUCAGUGUUCCUCCAAAUUUUCCUGGUACAUAGAAGGGUUAGAUAUUCAAUCAAAUAUACAGGGGAGAAAACUCCCUCAGAAUUACAUAGCCAAUCACAAUAAGUGCUACCUUAGCAAAGACCAUCCCACUCUGAUUGGAUGCUAAGCAACAGCUCCAGCCCCUCUUGGUUAGCUGGCUUCUUGGCGACAGAAUUAACCCUUAAGUUACAACAGAAUGAUCCCUGCUGUUGACCUCCAACGUGAUCUUUCCUUUCCCUCUCCAGACCCUCUAGCUUAUGACCCCAAGCCGGACUCCGAGAACCUCCCUAUCAUCACCAUCGACCCUGCGUCCCCGCAGUCUCCAGAAUCUGUUGACUUGGUGAACGAGGCGCUGAAGGGAAUGAGCCGCCUCCCACCAUCCCCAGAGGAAGACGAGGAUGAGCAGGGGCUGGUAAUGCGGGCCAAAGAACCUUCCUCUCCAGGCACAGAUGACGUCUUCACCCCUGGAACUGGCGACAGCCCCAGUAACCAGCGGAUAAUGCGAUGCUUGAGUGACCCUGGGCCUAGGCCCGAUCCUGACGAGGGGGAACCCUUCAUCCCCAAAGGCCAGUGAGCUCCUCCCCAUGCACUUCUAGACCUGACCAGUAGGGGGAGCUUCCUGCAAACACACACAUACCUUGGGCUUUUCUCAGUUGCUUUCUCCUCUUCCUCUCUCUCUCCCUCUCUCUCUCUCUCUCUCUUUGUGCUCUUCAUUUUGGAAGCUUUACUAGGAGGUGAGAAAUAAUAACCCAAAUGGAAUGCACAUCUUAUGCCAGCUUGGCUGUUUUGCUAAGGAAAGCGGCAGGCAUAGUGGGUGACCAAAAUCCCUUGUCCUGAAAAAUGCCAGAGCCCUGCUCAUCCCCUUUUCCGCAUUAAGAGGAGCAUCCCUUCCUCUGGGAUGGGUAGGGUGGCAUGCUUUGCCCCACUGCUAUCUUUCCCCUUAGCGCCAAGAGACUGCUUUCGUUUAGACACCUGAAGCCUCUUGUUCAUUUGCACUUUAGAGAGCCCUCUCUUUUCUCCUUCUUGCUUUGUUGCUGCUCUGAUUUUCCUUUCCAAACACACUGGAGAAGACGAGGAAGUGCAUCUUGUAUCAGGUAUAGCACAGUCUGGGGCGGGGUGGCGUGCUGUGUCACCCCAAGCCGGUCCCCGGCAUUCCUGUGGGCCAGUGGUGAAGCUGGAACUCUGUGGGAUUCGAGUAUGGCUUUAAAUCACCAGCUGCACUUCUCUUCAUUUUUUUCUGUAUAUUUUGCUUGUCGUCUUCUAGAGAUGGCAUUGGCAGUAGCUUCUCCGCUAAAGAGGGCUCUUGAAAGAAAACACUGAGCCAGGCGUGCUUUAAACCAGGCAUGAUUUUUAAAAUUUUAUUUUAGAGCACUGCUGGCUUGGAAGGAGCGUGGCAUUUUUCUGACACCAGUUUUCUGCACCAGGUGGUUGGUUGGGUUAACAAAGCAUUCCAAUCAUAUAGAGUUUGUGGAUUUCUUUUAAAAUCUCAUGAAGCCAUAAGAAAAUUAUUCUAGCCUUUUGGACGUUCUAAAUUUCAGAGUCACCUGGUUUCUUUUUGUUUCACAAGUCUGUUAAGUGUAACUAAGCUGUUUGCUCCUAGAACCUGAGCGGUAAGUGUGCUCCGACACCAGGGACUGAUCACAUGUCGUCACCUGUCUAAAAUUCUCCAGCAUACCUUCCCCUGUUUUCCUGGAGUUACCCACUUUCUCAUCUUAUAAUCCAAAUUACCUUUUAAAAACACACACACAAAGAGCAUUUUGUUGACCAAAGAUGAAUACAUGGCUGUACAUAUAUAAUUGCUGGUUUAUUUUAACCUUAAAAAAACAACGGCACAGGGUAUUUGUUUCUUUAAAAGGCGUCAAAUUAUUCUACAAAGGGCACUUAGGGUGCCUGCGCAGAGGGCUGUUCCACUUGUCCUUUGCCAACCUGGUGCCUUGCAGAUGCUUUGGGUAUGCAGUUUCCCAUCAGCCACAACCAAUGCAGGCUGGAGCUGAUGGGAAUUAUAGUCCAAAAUGUCUGGAAGAUAUCAGAUUGGCUGCUUCUGUGAAAAGCUUUAAUAGCCUUUUUUUUCUGCCUAUAAACUUGAGAGCAUGAACUCUAAUAGGUAGCUGGGUUUGGGCGUUAGCUUUUAGCAAUAUCAGCUGCAGAGGAGCCAGCUGCUUCUCCUUUCAGAGAGAACUAUCUCAACAGGGGCAUCCUUUAACUGGUUUAUGACCCAUCGCCCUCUGACGAGCUCCUAUCAGUUCUGUUUUCCCUCACCUGCUUGCUAGACUCUGCUCUCCCUCCGGCCUUCACUCUGCAGUGGGCAUCCUCCUCCGAUAGAUGGUGCUAGGCCAGUUGUUCCCAACUUGGUGCCCUCCAUAUGUUUUGGACUACAGCUUUUAUCACUCCUGACCAUUGGCCAUGCUGGCUGGGGCCGAUGGGAGUUGGAGUCCGCCAUUUUGGAGGGCACCCACAUUGGCUACCCCAGAGCUGCUCCCAGUGCCUCUUUCAGUUACCUUACUUCUGGUUUCCAAAAAUCUAGCCCCUCAUUAUCCUAGCCUAUAAAACUCAUGUCUCCAUCCCUGACCACCAAAUUAUGUAUUAUGGUGGAGCGCCACAACUAUUCUACAACCGGGAAUAAAUCCAACCUUGCAAAUAAUAGCAAGGCUUUCGUGUCUGGAAGUUCCAGGAAAUCCCCUCCAUCCCCCUGAUGGGGGUUCACGAAGACAAAGUGUUGCCUACAGAGCAAGCAAAUCACAUGGCUGAUAAACAUUAGGAAGAACUUCCUGACAGUAAGAGCUGUUUGACAGUGGAAUUUGCUGCCAAGGAGUGUGGUGGAGUCUCCUUCUUUGGAGGUCUUUAAGCAGAGGCUUGACAACCAUAUGUCAGGAGUGCUCUGAUGGUGUUUCCUGCUUGGCAGGGGGUUGGACUCGAUGGCCCUUGUGGUCUCUUCCAACUCUAUGAUUCUAUGAUUCUACGGUGCCUCUUCAAAGCGGCAGGUGGAGGAAGGGGCAUGAUUGAAUCUUCUCACAUGUGAAGGAGAGGGGGGGGAAAUCUGAAUGCGGGUUAUAAUUUUUGCUCUGAGAUGGUUGUUUCCAAUAUGCUGGGUAUUUAUAGAUAGGUGGGUAUAUGGGAGUCUUUCAGCUGCACCCCUGCCCUGCAUUCUCAAAUGAUGAGCUUCAUCAAAGAGUGGUCUGCUCACUUUGUAGAGUUGGCCCUUAGCCAAAGAUGGCUUUCCUGUGAAGGCAUUGCAGGGAUUCCCCAUUGCUUACUAUAAUGAGUAUGGGGUUGCUCGUGCGUAAGUUGCCGCCUCUCCUGGCUAUGUUGCCUUGUUAAACCUUUCUGUCUGGACAGCCCUUCAAUUCGUGGCUGCCUCAGUCGCUAGCAGAAUCCGUCAGUGGGCGUUUCUUAAACCUCUUCCAACAUAAAAGUUGUUUGACGCCCAGUCUCCUCCUACUCUCCCUGCGUGGAAGUCUUCUGCGCAGGGAAGGCGUGGGUAGCGGAGGACCCGUGCUCUCCCCGCUGGUGUCCAGUGAAGAGUCCUGGAGCCCUCUCGCCGAUUCCCCAUUCUGCCCCCCUUUAUCCCUGGUGUAACGUUGAUUUGCUUCCCCCUCUGCUGAACUGCCUCUCUCCCUGCUUGGCCCUUCUCCAGCAUCAUUUGAGAGCCUUCCCUCCGCCUCAGGCUCCGAUGUCAGUUCCCUGACACUUACCCCCAAAGAAAAAGAAAGGAAUUCAGAAAGGGGCAUAGAACUGUCUUGCUCAGUGAGGUUGCUUUCCACUCUAUACCAGGGGGUUUGGGACACUAUGGCCCUCCACAGGUUGCUUGACUACAGCUCCCAUCAACAUCUGCCAACAUGCCCAACAGCCUGGGAUGAUGGGAAUUGUAGUCUAAUAUCUGGAGGACAAGAGGGCAGCCUUUCUGGCUCCCUCCAGAUAGUUGUGUCUUCGUCUCCCACAGGGCUUGUGGGAUGUCUGGAGGGCACCAGGUUUGGGGGGUGGGGGCAAUCCUGUGUGUUAGGUUCCUCCCUCACUGAAGUGAUCUAUAUCUGCCCAGUCUGAACUGAUUGUGUUUUAUCCCCCCCCCUUUUCUGAGGAUGGGUGUGUUGGUGAUAAGACUAAGGUAGAGCGUAGAAUGAGUUUCUGCACUUUAGACACCAGUUCUGGAUAUUGCAAUUCUGUUAUCGAAGCUUCUUUCAAGAAGUGUGCCCUCUACAGAGCCAUGCUGGUGCCUGCUGUUCCCCCCCUUCCAGUAGUUCUUAGUUCCUCACCCCCAUCCCACCCCAUCCUGAAGGGGGCAUUUUAAUUUUCUGCCCCCUGUGCUGUGCCUUUUUAGCCAUACAGUGUCUGCCUGCGCAAAAAUAAAAUAAAAAUGGUGUUGUGAUUUGCCGCUCGCUCUGUCUGGUGCAUCCUGGCUCCAGCCAGGACGGCUAGACUAGGCCUGUUAAUAGCUCUCUGUGCAAACCUGUCCAUCUUUUCUCCCACCCAAAUAGCAACACCCUCUCCUUCCUCCAGCAUGCUCCCCCCACAACAAACACACAAGAGGGGAAGAGCUGCAAGCGGCACAGGUAAGAGGGGGAAGAGCGGCAGAAGGGGGCUCAUCCGUCUCGCCCCCACUCCCACCACACGGCUCUGUGUACUCUCGACCUAACCUGGGCCUUGCCAUAGCGCUCUGCUUCAGGCUGAGCAGAGAUCAGUAGACCGCAGUAGCCUGUAUGUGCUUUCAUGUACAAAUGUUCUCUCUCCAGCAGGAGCUGAUAAAGCAAUGAAAAAAUCAACUAUUGUAUAAAAAAAAAGUGUAAAGAGAGUCUUUUUACAUAAAUAUUCUAAUAAAUGAAUGUUUUAAUUUUUAGUGGCCUG